GAGGUGGGUGGGCCGUGGGAACGGCCAGCUGGGCGGUGGGCGGAGCGAGAGUGGCGCGGCCCCCGCUGCUGCUGCUGCUGCUUCGCAGGCGCCGGUCUCGGGGCGCCUAACCUGCGCGCGCCCUUCUCCGCUUCGCGACCCUCCUGCCGCGCAGGUAAGCGCCGCGUCCGCGGAGCCUCCCCCACCAGGAGCCGCAGACGCCUCUUCGCCGCUUCCUUACUCGAGAGGAAGCCCGGCCAGGAGGCCGCGCUUGCUCGGGAGGAAGCAGGGAGGGCUUUCUUCUGCAAGGCGGGCGGAGCGGGCCGAAGGUCGAGGCUGCCUGGGCGCGCAGCCCGAUCCUGUGAGGCGCGCAGCCCGAUCCUGUUUGGCCAGAAGCCCCGGGGCGGCGGGCCUAACCUCGCUUUCCUGGGAGUAGAAGCCCCCGCUGCAGUCAGGACGAGUAAAAUACGGGGAGGGUCGCCCUGCUCUUACUGCCCGGGGCCUUGGCUUCUAGCUGCGCGCGAUCCUAAGCGACGUCUCUCUCUCUCUCUCUCUCUCUCUCUCUCUCUCUCUCUCUCCCUCUCUCCCGUUUCUUGCUCCAAAGCGGGCUUGCAGGUGCGGGCCAGGUCACUUUUGGAGCUCGUUAAAGGGUCAGGUUUGGGGAAAGGAUUCCCGCCCAACUUUAAAUUUCUCUCUCUCUUUUUUUUAUAUAUAAAUAAUAUGGAAAGGGUGCAGGGAUGUGUCCCUCGUAAAAAGGACCUCGCAGUUCCCUUCCUCGCCACGUUUCAAAAGAAGGAAACCGCCUUGACUUCUGGUGAAUUUUGCUUAGGAUUGCAUGCUUACUCAUCCAUGGAUGUGGCAACACUUCAGUUUGAGAUUGCAAGUUUGCUGGGGAUUAAAAUAAAAAUAAAAAGACCAGCAUUAAGCUUAACGGCACUUGAUUUGCUUAAAGAUUUAUUUCAAAGGCUGCAGUCCUUACCUAGCAAGUAGUCACUGCUGGACUCUGUGGGACUGACUUCUGAGUAGACAGUGUGUUGGAUUGCAUUUUCCAUUUAUUCUUGGUGGUCUUAAAAAAACACGUUUCUCUGCCUGUUGUCUUCUCCUGUUUUCUCUGUUCAGAUCGCCUGCCUUUCUUUCCCUCCCCUCCUCUGCUUGGCCUGCUUGUCAAGCAGGAGCAAAGUUCAGGGUUGGUUUUCCAAAGACAGAGGCUUAUUUCUCAACUGCAGAGGAGGACCAUUUCUGGUUUGGAGGUCCUCUCUCUGGUGGGCUUCUGUGUGUAUUGAAAGGGAGAUCAAGGUGCUUACAGAUUCAGCCUUGCUGAGUAUUUUAAGUUUCUAGGAUCUUGCAGAUCAUUUUCUCCUAACAACACAGUAUGGGGUGAGAAGUGUGUUGUCCUGGGAGGGCCAGUAUCCAGGAGCUUGGUGAGGAGGAGAGAGCAGGUAGCAUAAUAAUAAUAAUAAUAAUAAUAAUAAUAAUAAUUUAUUAUUUAUACUCCGCCUAUCUGGCUGGGCUUCCUCAGCCACUCUGGGCGGCUUCCAAAAAAAUAUUAAAAUACUGUAAUACAUCAAACAUUAAAAGCUUCCCUAAACAAGGCUGCCUUCAGAUGUCUUCUAAAAGUCUGGUAGUUGUUGUUCUCUUUGACAUCUGGUGGGAGGGCGUUCCACAGUGAGGGCACCACUACCAAGAAGGCCCUCUGCCUGGUUCCCUGUAACUCGGCUUCUCGCAGUGAGGGAACUGCCAGAAGGCCCUCGGUGCUGGACCUCAGCGUCCGAGUAAAACGAUGGGGGUGGAGUCGCUCCUUCAGAUAUACUGGACCGAGACCGUUUAGGGCUUUAAAGGUCAGCACCAACACUUUGAAUUGUGCUCGGAAACGUACUGGGAGCCAAUGUAGGUCCUUCAAGACCGGUGUUAUGUGGUCUCGGCAGCCGCUCCCAGUGACCAGUCUAGCGGCUGCAUUCUGGAUUAGUUGUAGUUUCCGGGUCACCUUCAAAGGUAGCCCCACGUAGAGUGCAUUGCAGUAGUCCAAGCGGGAGAUAACCAGAGCAUGCACCACUCUGGUGAGGACUGCCAGAUAGGGUCUCAGCCCGCGUACCAGAUGGAGCUGGUAAACAGGACACGGAUUUGACCUGUGCCUCCAUGGACAGCUGUGAGUCCAAAACGACUCCCAGGCUGCACACCUGGUCCUUCAGGGGCACAGUUACCCCAUUCAGGACCAGGGAAUCCUCCACACCAGCCCGCCUCCUGUCCCCCAAAAACAAUACUUCUGUCUUGUCAGGAUUCAAUCUCAAUCUGUUAGCUGCCAUCCAUCCUCCAACCGCCUCCAGACUCUCACACAGGACCUUCACUGCUUUCACUGGUUCUGAUUUAAAAGACAGGUAGAGCAUCACAGGUAAUGUUGAACUGAUUCCAGCCUGUGUUGUGCUUGAGUAUCUUUUGGCCCUCCAGAUGUUGCGGAACUAGAACUCACAGUGUCAGAAACUCUGAUGCGUAAGCUAAUUGCCGAAUGGCACCUUAAAGCUAUGUUACGGUCACCACAAUAGAAUGUCUCAACGCGAUUUACAACAUGAAACAAAUUCAGAUUUCAAGGGAAAUAUUUCAGAUCCUCUUGCAAAGGGCAUUUUAAUAAUAAUAAUAAUAAAUUUUAUUUAUACCCCGCCCUCCCCAGCCAGAGCCGGGCUCAGGGCGGCUAACACCAAUAAAAUUUCAGUAAAAACAUAAUAUGAAAAAAGUAAAAGAAAAAGAAAACAAUUUAAAAUACAGGUUAAAAUGCAAUUUAAAAUGCAGCCUCAUUUUAAAAGUCAAAACCAUAAGGGGAGGGAAACAUGAGGGUCAGACUGAGUCCAAACCAGUCUGCUGUCCCCAGUGACACACCUGGCAUCCAAAGAUCUCCACAUGGCCGCAAUUGGACCCAGGUCAGUCUGGACCCUGGUGCCUGGCUAAUUUCGGACACGGAACUCCCAUCAUCCCUGGCCGUUGGCCAUACUGGUCCGGGCUGAUGGGAGUUGUAGCAUCUGAAGGGCCAAAGCUUCCUUACCCCUGUUGUAUAUGCAGUAGCAUCGGGAAUUGUUUUUCCAGCUGGAGCUCACCAGAACUCAGAUCCAGCACCUUUCAGGUGGGCACCAUUGCCGUUUUGUUCGAAAGUGAAGCAGACUGCUUCAGGAGGUGGCGGGCUGUGCCCAACUGGAAGCGUUUAAGGAGAGACUGGCUGGUUAUCUGUUAGGGAUACUGUACCUUCCACAGUAGAUACUGCAGGAGAUAUUAUUUAUUUACUGCGUUUUAAAAAAAUCAUACAAAAGAAAUUAACAGCAGUGCAAAGAAUACACAGUCCUGGCAGUGACAGGGGAACACUUUUACCCUUAUUCUAGAAUUUUGCUAGAAAUACUAGCUUUCUUGUAAUCUAACAGCAGACACAGUGCCUUCCCAGAUUACACAUAAUCACACAUUCGUUUUGCCUCUUCAUUUUAGGUGAGGAGUGCUGUAACAAUUUUCUCCCCAACCACCCACCCUCCCGCUGCCGCUGUUGCCCAUUGUCAAUAAACUGGAAUAAUGUUUACAGUGUUUGAGGAGUGCAACAUAAUUCAAGCUUUUGCAACGUGGUGAUACAAUCCAUCAAACUCUGUACAAUGUGGUGCCAGGGUGUUGCAGACAGCUUGUUGUUGCAACCUGGUUUAUCUGCAAGAUUUGGUAAUAAAAAAUUAAUAAUGUACUCCGAUCAAAACUCUCAUGUGCAAGGCUACCCUUGUAUUUUCCCAGUGUGCCAGAUCAUGCUGGUGUGUCCUGAGUUAUAAAAUGGCUCCCGUGAGGCCAGAAUGCCCAUCCACAGAGGAGUCUGUCUUCUGUGUCUCUGUGUGAUUCACUGUUUUGGCUGCGUCUUUUUCCAACAAGCCUCUUCUGAGGGCAGGUAAUUCUACCAUGUGUUUGCAGUGGUUGUGUUAGGCCCAUUCGCUCGCUUGUGAUGCAAGUAUCGUUAUCUGCCUUGAAGAAGUUGCCCUGUUCAUGAACCACUGCUCUGGACUGUCAUUCCUACAUUCAAGAUGUAUGCCCAGAACAGUGACGCAUGCAGAUGCAUGAGGAUCCGGCAAGAAUGAGCAUAGGUAACCCCUCAAGCGGGGUUUGUGCAGGGUUUGAAAUUAGCAGGGUGCCAGAUGCAUUUUGCGCUGAAAGAUUCUCCAUUUUCGAGCACCUCAAAAAGUCUGGGUGCCAUUUUUUGUGCCUGGCUGACACUCGAGGAUUACUGAAAUGUAUGUGCUUUGAAGCCUCAAAGUGUAUGUUAAGGGGUUUAACAAUAAAGAGUAGAGUGUUUUGAAAACUGAAGUAUGGUACCAAUAUUUUUAUUGUCAACACCAAAUUAAAGGUAAAGUUAAAGGGACCCCUGACCAUUAGGUCCAGUCAUGGCUGACUCUGGGGUUGCGGGGCUCAUCUUGCUUUAUUGGCCGAGGGAGCCGGCGUACAACUUCCGGGUCAUGUGGCCAGCUCUGGAGAACCAGAGCAGCGCACGGAAACGCCGUUUACCUUCCCGCCAGAGCGAUACCUAUUUAUCUACUUGCACUUUGAACUGCUAGGUUGGCAGGAGCAAGGACCGAGCAAAGGGAGCUCACCCCGUCACGGGGAUUCAAACUACUGACCUUCUGAUCGGCAAGUCCUAGGCUCUGUGGUUUAACCCACAGUGCCUCCUGUGUCCCAACCCCAAAUUAAACAUGUAUUAAUAAUUUUCGCUAAAAAUGUGAUAUUAACAAUUUGUCGCUUAUGUGAAUUGUGUAUUAAUUUACGCUUAUCAAAAUAAUAAAUAAAAAGUUUUGUUAGCCGUACACAACCUCUCCCGGGCAGCGGGAUGAAGGCUCCCCCAAGAGCCACACACAUGCUCCACGCGGCUUUUUAAAGGGAGCGCUGAGCAGAGCCUCCCACCUGCAUUCGCUCCAUAAGACGCACACAUAUUUCCCCUUACUUUUUAGGAGGGGAAAAGUGCAUCUUAUAGAGUGAAAAAUACGGUAAUCCUGGAAACCGGCAAAGAGAGCAUAUGAUCCUCUGAAACUUAAAGUGGGGUUGGAGAGGACAUUUGCUAUGAAAACCAAAGUAUUUUUUUGGGGGGGGGGAAGGAGUUCCCUUUGUCCAUAAACAAACACUAUUAUGGCUUACCUAGAAAGAAGCUAUCCGAUCUCCUAAAACAGCCAUCCCUAACUUGGCGGCAGCCAAAUACUUAGGACUCCAACGCCCAUCAUUCCUGACUUUUGGCUAGCUGAGGCUGAUGGAAGCUGUAGUCAAAAACAUCUGUUGAGUACCAGGUUGCAGCUGAGAAAACAAUCUGUAACAAAUCUGUUCCUCAGGUGUUCCCAGAACGAAGGUCUGCUAGGGAAAUAAAAUGACAUCUGGAACGAUGUAAACCUUUUGUAAAUGUUAGCCAUUCACCAUUCACCAACCGUCGCUUGGUAUUUCUCAGGUGUUGUUGCCAAAGAGAAGUGUGAGCACUACGCUUUUGCCUUGUGGUCAACAAGAAAGCCUUGUAAGAACCUUGUUCAAAACCUCUGCACCAUACAUUUAAAGCUUCACCCACCCUGUAAAGAAUCCUGGGAACUGCGGGAAUUCAGAGAGGAAAACUGCAGCUCCCACGAUUCUUUGCGGGGAACCGUUGUGCUUUAAACACAUGGUUUGGAUGUGACAAGUUCAGGGGUUGAUGUGAAGGUGGAAAAAGAGCACACGGGUACCUCGGUUUUUCAGUCGAAAAGCAACACAUCUGUACUUUGUGACAUCAGAAAAGGCUGUAUUUAGGGCAACGUUCAGAGCUACUGUGAUCUGGAUUAAAUGCAUAAAUUGGCUGCUGUCAAAUCUCUAAUCUCUUUGUGAAUGCUUUCCCCUGGAAACAGAGAAACAUUUACAUGCUGAAAUUUACAAAGUUACAUAACGGUGGGGUUUUUCUUUUUUCUUUCUUCAGUUUCUGCCUGGUUGUCAAGGCUUUGGAGGAAACCUACAGGCAGUGCAAUUUAAAAGUUCAGUCGUGGUUCAUCUGGUAUCCCAUCAUAGCCAUGUACAGUAGGAAGGGACUUCCUUUUAUUUCAGGGGAUCAUAUUUCUGAAGAGUGAAACUCGUAAGAAACUUUGUGGUGUGGAGCGCUUCUGUUCACUGUGGCUGCCCCAGCCAUGUCCUCUUCAUGAUACAGUGGUACCUCGGGUUAAGAACUUAAUUCGUUCUGGAGGUCUGUUCUUAACCUGAGGUACCACUUUAGCUAAUGGGGCCUCCUGCCGCCGCCGCCACACAAUUUCUGUUCUCGUCCUGAAGCAAAGUUCUUAACCCGAGGUACUAUUUCUGGAUUAGCGGAGUCUGUAAUCUGAAGCGUCUGUAACCUGAAGCGUCUGUAACCCGAGGUACCACUGUACUCCAUUCCAUUCUCCCUCGCACCAGCAUCCCAUUGCCUCUAAGCACACUCAGUCCUCAUUGGGCUGCUUUGAGGGUUCCCCACUCCUCUUAAGGAUUCCCCCCCCUACAUAUUUUUUCUAUCUCUGCAAACCUACCCCCUCACCCCCCGGUCUGCUGGUGUCUACUUCUUGUGCAUGCGUGGUGCCAUUGUGGCCCUAUAAGUAACGGCGCUCUGUCCUGAACGUUGGAAACAGAAUGAAUUUUUCAUAUUAUUUCAAGUAAGUGCCUAUCUGUUGGUUACUUGUACUGCAGGAUUUUACUCGCCCUGUGAUGAGACCGGGAAAGAAGCUUAUCCAGUCCCUAGUUCCCAUUGCUGUUAACAGAAAUGAACAACUGGACUGGGGAGAUUUUGUGUUCAUUAUAAGCAAAGGCUGCUCAUUCCUACUCAUAGAGAAAAUGGGGAAGGAACUGCAAAGUGUAUCCCUAAUUUUGCUGCAAGUAGAGAGGGAAGCAGGUGGUGCUGUGGGUUAAAUUACAGAGCCUAGGACUUGCUGAUCAGAAGGUCGGCAGUUCGAAUCCCCGCGACGGGGUGAGCUCCUGUUGCUUAGUCCCUGCUCCUGCCAACCUAGCAGUUCGAAAGCAUGUCAAGUGCAAGUAGAUAAAUAGGUACCACUCCGGUGGGAAGGUAAACAGUGUUUCCGUGCACUGCUCUGGUUCGCCAGAAGCGGCUUAGUCAUGCUGGCCACAUGACCCGGAAGCUGUACGCCAGCUCCCUUGGCCAAUAAAGCGAGAUGAGUGCCGCAGCCCCAGAGUCAGUCACGACUGGACCUAAUGGUCAGGGGUCCCUUUACCUUUACCUUUAGAGAGGGGGGCAGGACAGGAGGUGGGGCAGUACAAAGUGAAUAAACAGACAUGGGGCAUGGAAUUAAGGUUUAAACCUUACUUUAUUAAGAUCUCAUUUUUAAACGUUAGGUUCCCAUUAUCAUGAAGCAACUGCAGAUAUAUGCCAAUUAAGGGUAGUGUCUCUAAUGGAGAUAAAGUGAUUUAAAUACAGUAGUAAUCAAGAUUAAAGACUUUGCUGUGUAGAUUAAAUCAGUUUGCAAAUUACUUCAGCUCCUCUUGGCUGUUGAAAUUUCUUGAAUUAGUAGGCUUGCAAAAUCUCACCCAGUGUUGCUCCAACUCCUUGUACUAAAGGUAGGUAUUGCCCUCCUUGCCAAAUAUCCUUAAGGGAAUGAUCAGGUACCAGGAUGCAACCUUUGGAAAUCACAUGCAUAUUAAACCAGCUCUUUGCUAAAAUGCCAAGAGGCAAUUUGGGCAUAGUGCCAUAUGUAAAGCCAUCUUGCCCCCAAAUGGCAAUGAGACAUUCUAUUUAGGCAACGACAACCUUGUUUUAAGGAGCCUUUUGGCACCUAGCUUAUAUAUCUGAGUUUCUAACACUCACUAAAAUAUCUGGAGGGCAUCAGGUUGGGGAAGACUUGGCUAGAUCCUCUUGCUGUGUGUCAAGACCCUGAGGCUCCCCUCCUAUGUAGAAUAAUAACACUUUGACACCGUAUACAGUGGUACCUCGGGUUACAUAUGCUUCAGGUUAUAUACGCUUCAGGUUACAGACUCCACUAACCCAGAAAUAGUGCUUCAGGUUAAGAACUUUGCUUCAGGAUGAGAACAGAAAUCGUGCUCCGGCUGCGCAGCAGCAGCGGGAGGCCCCAUUAGCUAAAGUGGUGCUUCAGGUUAAGAAAAGUUUCAGGUUAAGAACAGACCUCCAGAAUGAAUUAAGUACUUAACCCGAGGUACCACUGUAUAAGGUUAAAUGGACCAAUUUAGGACACAACUUUAUUGGUUACAGAAUGUGAGCGGUACAGUCAUACCUCAUGUUACGUUUGCUUCAUGUUACGUUCUUUCAGGUUACAUCCCGCAGCGACCCGGAAGUACCAGAAAGGUUACUUCUGGGUUUCGCCACUCGCACGUGUGCAGAAGCACUAAAUCACGGUUCUCACAUGCGCACCUGCACCAAAUUGCACUGCGCACCUGUGCAGCUAAGCCACUUCAGGUUGCUCUCUUUUCAUGUUGCGAACGGGCCUGGAACGGAUCCUGUUCGCAACCAGAGGUACCACUGUAUUGGCUUAGGCAUUGUCUUGAACUGCGAUAUCUGACUCCUGCUCGACAUGCAGGAAGUCUCACAAGGGUUAACCACCAGUAGGGGGUGGCCGGUUGAUGCACAUCAGCUCAGAGCUUCCCCCAGAGUCACUGGAAGGUCGUGCCAUGGUCCUAGUCUCCACCUGGGCUUCGGACAGGAACCAUGGAAGCAGGUCAGGAACCGUGGAAGCGGGAGCCAAAUAGGAGGACUCCCUGGUCGCACGGCUGCUUUAAACGGGGUAAGCCAUGCCCCCCCAGCCACCUGGAUUGGCUGGCUGGGGGCCACAGUGCAGCCAGGGACACCCCGAAUGCUGUGUGGAGACCACGAGGUCUGACUGCAAUAUCGCCCCACCCGGAAGGGGAGUGGUUUUCUCCUGAACCAAGAAAUUCUAACUACAGUGGACGCUUUGGUUGCAAACAUGAUCCGUGCGGGGAGCACGUUCACAACCCACAGCACUGCAUCUGCUCACGCGUGGGUCGCGAUUCAGCGCUUCUGAGCAUGCGAAAAGCGCGAUUUAGCGCUUCUGUGCAUGUGCAAGUGCCAAAACCUGGAGCUAACCUGUUCCGGUACUUCUGGGUUCGGCGCGCUGCGCAACCCGAAAUCACGCAACCCAAAGUGUCUGUAACCUGAGAUAUGAUGUGCUGAUUCAGACCAGCAAAGCAAGUGUUCUUUUAUCCAGAAUCCCAGAAUUUAGAGGGAAAUGGUGCGAACUGAUGAGGAAUGGGGUUUGCCUUUUUGAAAGAUUUCUUUUACAGUGGUACCUCGGGUUAAGUACUUAAUUUGUUCCGGAGGUCCAUUCUUAACCUGAAACUGUUCUUAACCUGAAGCACCACUUUAGCUAAUGGGGCCUCCUGUGCUGCCGCGCCGCCGGAGCACAAUUUCUGUUCUCAUCUUGAAGCAUAGUUCUUAACCCGAGGUAAUAUUUCUGGGUUAGCGGAUUCUGUAACCUGAAGCGUAUGUAACCUGAAGUGUAUGUAACCCAAGGUACCACUGUAUUUUUACUAGGCGAGAGGUUUAACCAUUUGCCCAAAUAGCCAAGAUGCUUCUUCCUGUUUCUUCAUUAGAUCAUAAACACCCUUAAAGCUUCUAUUUCUCUGGCUGUUGGCUUGGCUUUGGAAUAAGCUUCUGCACUGAAUGGCAUCCAUUCACUGCAGAGCAAGUUUGUAAGUAGCAUGGUGUCUGCCGUGUAAAUGGUCUGCCUGUUGCAGCACUGGGACUGUAUAAUCAGAAGGAUGAGUAAUCAAAGGCAUCAUUCUGCCUGGGCUAUAAUGGUGCCGUUGCUCCUCUGCGGUGGAAAAUUGGGAAAUGUAUAGAAUUCAUUUAUGUUUAAGAUCCAGAUGUCAAGACAAACUGCGUAGAUCUUUGCUGCUUUUUGAGGCUGGUGGCAGAAUCCCAACUUUUCUCUCUAGAGCUGGAUUUGCAGCCACUGUAAAAUACAAGGGAACUUGUGAAACAGUUUUUGCAACAAAUGAACUUUGCUCCACAUACCUUUAUCCUGGUGCCCUGAUGUUUAUACUUUGUGGAAUAUAACUUGUCUCUCGUUAUGCAAAUAAUACCUUGGAACGGGGACGUAACUUAAAUCUCCUCUCACGCUCACAGCAUAACCACGUUAUAAUGUUAUUUUAGGAAGCUCUUAUUAAAGUGGCAGUUAAUUCCAUGUGUAAAGCCAAGCAAAAUAAUCAACAAUUUACCAGCAGAGCUCAGGUUUAUCCUGGGUUCUACUUUUCAAGGGAUAUUUAGCAAUCUAUAACCUGGUUGAAGGGACGCAGGUGGCGCUGUGGGUUAAACCACAGAGCCUAGGACUUGCUGAUCAGAAGGUCGGCGGUUCGAAUCCCCACAACAGGGUGAGCUCCCAUUGCUCGGUCCCUGCUCCUGCCAACCUAGCAGUUCAAAAGCAUGUCAAAGUGCAAGUAGAUAAAUAGGGACCGCUCUGGUGGGAAGGUAAACAGUGUUUCCGUGUGCUGCUCUGGUUCGCCAGAAGCAGCUUAGUCAUGCUGGCCACAUGACCCGAAAGCUGUCUGCGGACAAAUGCCGGCUCCCUUGGCCUAUAGAGCGAGAUGAGCGUGCAACCCCAGAGUCGGUCACGACUGGACCUAAUGGUUGUAAAUAGACACCCACCUCACCUGGCUGCUGGCUUAAAUCGGGGUUGCAAAACCCGUGACCCUCCAAAUGUUGCUAGACUCCAACUCCUAUCAGCCCCAGCCCAGCAUAUCCAAUGGCCAGGGCAUGAUGGGAGUUGUAGUUCAGCAGCAGUAUAAAUGAUCUGACAUGAAGUGACAUGUCUGCUGCGUUUAAUUCUCUCCCCUCUCCACCGAAUUUUGCAAGUGUAUGUAGGUGGAGUUCUUGUUUAUUCUAAUGCAACCUGGUUUCUGUGACUGGCUGCUGGCAGCCUCAAGUCAGCACAGAUUUGUGGGAGUUUGCACAACUGCUUAGUUUCUCUCUUCUUUCUUGAUGGAUGACUUGGUUUCCGCCAGCUCCUGUUUGGAGAAGCAGCAACAUGAAUGACAGCAGAUAACCAUUAAGUUAAAUGAACUGGCGGAUUCUGUGCAUUUAUGGGCACCAUGCCCUUCUCCAGUCUUUCAGUGAAAACCAGGAAUAUCAUACAUAUUCCAACAAUUCUCCAAUGAAAAUAGGGACGUCCCAUUCCAUAAUGAUAAUAUUACUUUUUUUUAGUUUUUAUUAGGUUUUAUUAAGAGUUUCAACAUAACAAAUUAUUAAAACAAAUCAUCUUCAUUAUUUUUCUCCCCUUUUUUUCCUCCCCCUUCCCAAAAAACCCUCCCCCUCCCCCCAAGACUUCCCUCAGUUCCUCGAUCUGAUUUCUCAAUACAUGUUAUUCUCUGCAUAUUGUAAAAUUAUAUAAAUCCUAAAAUUAUCUGUCUGUUAUGUUAACAAUCAAUAAAUUUGUGUAUGUUUAUUCAAAACCUGCCAAGGAGCCCAAUUUAUUUUGUUGUCUUUUUAAGUAGUUUGUAAAAAGUUCCCAUUCUUCUUUGAAGUCACAGUUGUCCUUAUCUCGCAGUUUGUAUGUCAGUUUCGCCAGUUCUGCAUAGUACGAUAAUAUUAGUAUUUAUACCCCACACAUCUUACUGGGUUGCCCCAGCCACUCUGGGCAGUGUCCAACAUAGAUAUAAAAACAUAGUUGUAAUGGAUUUAGGGGUUGCUCGUGCGUAAGUUGCCGCCGCUCCUGGCUAGGUUACCUGGUUGAACCCUUUCUGACUGAACAGCCUCUAGCAUCGUGACUGUCUCAGUCGCUGGCAGAAUCCGUCAGUGGGCGUUUCUUAAACUUCUUCCAGCACAAAAGUUCUUUGACGCCUAGUCUCCACCUAGUCUCCCUGCACGGAAGCCUUCUGCGCAGGGAGGGUGUGGGCAGCGGAGGACCCGUACUCUCUCCGCUGGUCUCCGGCGAGGAGUCUUGGAGCCUCCUCUCCGAUUCCUCCAUCUGCCCCCCUUCUCUACUGGUGUUACGCUGAUUUCCUUCCCCAGCGGACGGGCUGCCUCUCUCCCUACUGGGACCCUCUCCGGCAUCCCUCUGGAGCCUUCCCUCCGCCUCUAGCUCCGAUGGCAGUUCCCUGACAAUAGUAAAAUAUUAAACAUUAAAAAAACACCUUCCCUAUACAGGAUUGCUUCGGGAGUCAAAUAACUCCACACCCUCCAACAUUUCUCCAAUGAAAAUAGCAACAUCCUAAGUAAAAACAGGGAUGCGGGUUACACCACAGAGCCUAGGGCUUGCCGAUCAGAAGGUUGGUCUCCCGUUGUUCAGUCCCUGCUCCUGCCAACCUAGCAGUUUGAAAGCACGUCAAAGUGCAAGCAGAUAAAUAGGUACCGCUCCAGCGGGAAGGUAAACGGCAUUUCCGUGCGCUGCUCUGGUUUGCCAGAAGCGACUUAGUCAUUCUGGCCACAUGACCUGGAAGCUGUACGCCGGCUCCCUCGGCCAAUAAAGCGAGAUGAGCGCCGCAACCCCAGAGUCGGUCACAAAUGGACCUAAUGGUCAGGGGGUCCCUUUACCUUUAAGUAAAAACAGGACAUUCUUGGAGGGUCUGGGAUGUUUCCUCUGUUAGUUUGCAGUGGUCUGGAACCCUGAGAAAAACACAUGCUUAACCAGCCCCCCCCCCUGUGAGGGUUUCCUUUCCAAAAUAUGCCCUCCACCAAGAUGCACCAAACUGCUAAUUCUCUUGCUAUGCUUCUCUAGUUUUAUUAUUAUUAUAGCUUCCCUGUGUUCCUAAUGCUCAUGGAACCUUCUAAUUUGGAGAUUUAAGUAAAUGUAUAAUUAUAAGUAAAUUAAGUAAAUUAAGUAAAUGUAUAAGUAAAUGCACUUGGCAGAGGUGUUCAGGCUGACACUGAAACAGUUUUGAAGAUUGUGUUACGAAAAGACUGCAGAGGCACUUUGCAAGUUAAGAAGCACCAAAACAAGUGCUGAGCCCAGUGAUGUGAGAGAUGCGCCAAAGGUAGGCAAGAAAUAAGGCAGGGAAUAAAGAGAGGGAACACCUUCUAAGGUGUACUGGAAAUAUUCGGAGGUGUGUGUGUGGAAAGAUGCCCUGCUGUUUCUAUACUUCCGUUUUUAUAUUUCCAAAGGGAUUUUUGAGAGAACUGUCUGUUAAAACUGAUGAACUGGUUUACAAUUUAUGUAAGAACUGCAAUUUUUAGAAAACGUAGUGAAUGUGUAAUCUGACUAUAUGCAGGUUAUUCCAGAUUUGUACAAAUAAGGCCUUGGUCUUUGGCAUCUGAGAUGCAUGUUUUUAGGACCCGUCCUAUUCCUGCGACUGUAAUUUGUUUUAAAAUGUUUUUAAUACUGAAAUUUAAACUUACACAGGACCUGAUGGUGAAGGGACUAAUGCAUCGAAUAAAUAACAAUAAAAGUUAAACUUGCUCCAAUUUUUAACAUGGCGUGGCCCCAUCUUGUAUUUGCAGUGACUUCCAAGAUAUUUCAGCCAUGAGCAACCCAUUUGCGCAUCUUGGGGAACCGCUGGACCCAAGCCAAGCGACAAAAAAAUUCUUCAAUUUGAACCGACUCGGAGACCCAAGAUAUGGUACGUUGGUUACAUUCAGAGGGAGUUGCUCCCUGUAAGAAAGUUGGUUGGUAGCUGCAGCUUUUGAGGCAGUUCACAUAUGCACACACAUCACUUGAUUGCUUGCACUUAUGCUUUGGACGAGACAUAUCAUAUGCUUUGCAAACAGAAGGUUUCUGGUUCCAGUCCCUGGUAUCUCUGGUUAGGAGGCUGUCUGGUAGUGGGACUGGCAGGGCUGUCUUUAGCAGAUGCGGUGCCAGGGUGCAAAUAUCCACCCAGUGCCCCCAAAUUACCACGGAUAGUGUUGGGGGGGCGCAAGUCUCCUCCAUGCCGCUGCGGGAGAGUGAUCCCUGCAGAGGCUUGGGAGGGCUGCCUCCCAAGCCAUCCACGGGAGGCAGCGAGCUUCCUCCCCAUGCCGCUGCGGGAGAGCGAUCCCCGCAGAGGUUUGGGAGGGAAGCUGCACGCCUGCCAGACAUAUGGUUGACAGGGUGCAGCUGGUGGGCGUGCAGGGAAAGAGGAGGCCGCCAGCAAAGCCGCCCAACUCCCCCACUUGCUGGGACGCCCUGGCGCGAUGCACCACUAAGCCCCAUGGGAAAGACGGCUCUGGGGACUAGGCUUGGAGAGCUGCCACUCUCUAGCUCGCUUGUGGAGCACCUGCUUUGCAUGGAGAAGGUUCCAGGUCCAAACCCAGGUAUCUCCAAAUAGGACUGGGAGAGACCCCUGUCUGAAAUCCCGGAGCGCUGCUAAUCUGAUUGGGUUAGAUGGACCCAGUGGUCUAAUUUAGUGCAAAGUAGCUUCCUAUGUUCUUCACAUGUGUGCAGAAGUUGCAUAUAAUAUGGCUGCAUGGGUAUUUUUUUUUUAAGUACAGUCGUACCUUCACUGUCGAACGGAAUCCGUUCCGGAAGUCCGUUCAACUUCCAAAAAUGUUCGACAAUGAAGGCAUGGCUUCCGAUUGGCUGCAGGAGCUUCCUGCAUGCAAUUGGAAGCCGCGGAAACCACGUCAGACGUUCGGCUUCCAAAGAACGUUCACAAACAGGAACAUUCACUUCCGGGUUUGUGGCCUUCGGGAGCCAAAAUGUUCGACUCCCAAGGCAUUCGGCUUCCAAGUUAUGACUGUAAAUGUGCAUUUGUUUGUAUUUAUAGUUAAAAAUAAUUCUACAUAGCUUUUCAUCCAGAAUCUCAAAGUGGCUUAUGAAGAAAGAAAGAAAGAAAGAAAGAAAGAAGGAAAUCUCCAUAAUGGUGGUCUGUGUAGUAUUAAAGGGAGAAAUGUGUCUCUGAAUGUGUAGCUACCAUGCACCAAGGAACUGUGGUUAGUUGUUACUUAGAAGUUUUGAGCUACAACUUCUGCCCACCAAUGGAAUGGAAUCUUCUUUUCGCUAUAUUACAAUUUAAUCUCCUUACGUUUGUACCAUAUAGCUUUAGUCUCCACAUGCUUCUAACAGAGGUGCUUUCCUUCCCAGAACGUUUGCCGUUCUCUAUCAGAGUGUUGCUGGAGGCCUCAGUCCGCAACUGUGACGAGUUCCUGGUAAAGAAGGGAGAUGUUGAAAACAUCCUAAACUGGAACGUGAUGCAACACAAGAACAUCGAAGUGCCAUUUAAACCUGCCCGAGUUAUUCUACAAGACUUCACGUGAGUUGUAUUGUGUUCCCCCCGCCCCCCAUUUUUGUUUUAAUCUAAGGUGUUGCCACAGUUUAGGAGCAGAGUCAUUUUCUAGAGAGAUAAGGGUCAUUUGGGAGAAGUACAUCUGAGAGAAUUUUAGUACAGCAAAUUAGAGUGAGUUUUGCAACCCUCAUAGCAUUAGGGGGGGCUGGAGGCUGCAAGAAGAUCAAACCGAUCCAUUCUGAAGGAAAUCAGCCCUGAGUGCUCACUGGAAGGACAGAUUCAGAAGCUGAGGCUCCAAAACUUUGGCCACCUCGUGAGAAGAGAAGACUCCCUGGAAAAGACCCUGAUGUUGAGAAAGAUGGAGGGCACAAGGAGAAGGGGACGACAGAGGACAAGAUGGUUGGACAGUGUUCUCAAAGCUACCAGCAUAAGUUUGCCCAAACUGCGGGAGGCAGUGGAAGACAGGAGUGCCUGACGUGCUCUUGUCCAUGGGGUCACGAAGAGUCGGACACGACUGAACGACUAAUCAACAACAACGACAAUAGCAUUAGGGGGUAUAUCCAAAGAAAUUGUCCCAUUAGCAGAAGGAGGUCUACCUGUGCAACAGGAAUUCUUCUCCCUGUACCCCCUCAGAUCUGUUCUAGGGGUUCCCCCCAACCUUCUGGAGCGGAUUUGGAAGAGAGGAAUGGGGCAUGUGAGGAGAGGGAGAGGAAGCCCUAUUGUCCAGGCAGAAGCCAUUGCGCUAACAGGACAACUUCAUUGGAUACAACCCUAGGCUGUCCCUGGAACAAUGUUCUUCUCAGCACAUGAGCAGUACUCCAGCAGCACAUAAUGAGAAUGUUGUGCAAGUGCUAUUGGUGUGCGCAGAUUGGAUUUUCAGCAAGGUGCGCCAAAUGGAUGUAAUAAGAAAAGUUGUGUCGACCAAUGCGCAUAUCACUCAGUGCUUGCUGGCAACAGCCAUGUGGCCUCCUAGGAAGGCAGCGCUUAUGCCUGUCAGAGCAGGAGCUCUGCACAAAUGGACUUGAAUGUUGUUCAGGCAGUAGCUGUUCACUGAUGGCUGUCAUCUGACCUGGCCCUAGGAAAGCUUUUUUCAAAAGAAGCAACCAGUGAAAAGCGGUACAUUUCUCCUUGCUUGUAGAGCAGUGUUCUCUUAAGUGGGGAGUUGGAAUGCAAGCUUAAUCUAGAUCUCAGACUAAGGUGGAGCCCACAGUUGGUUCCACCAGCACCAUGACUGUGCAGGAGUCUCCAGCAAGCCUCCUGCCAUCCUUUUGUGCAUCAAAAUUGUGGCUGGGAAGGGAAUUGUCUCUGACCUUGUGCAGAGGCACAAUGUGGAAGGCAGAGAUAAGAGGAAGUUUAAAGUCCUGACAGCUGCAAGUUUUGGCAUGGUGACCAAGCCUAGUCAAAAAUUACAGACUGCUGAAUUUCAGCAAACUUUCCUUUAGACACACACCUUUCCUUUCCCGCCUGGUUCUCAGGUCUCUUUCAAUGAUUAACAUUAAUUGUAUUCCUUAGUGACCUUCGUACUGAGGUACAUACUGCAGACUGGGAUUAUGAAGAGAGAGAAGGAAAAGACAGAGAGAGAUUACCGUAUUUUUUGCUCUAUAAGACUCACUUUUUCCCUCCUAAAAAGUAAGGGGAAAUGUGUGUGCAUCUUAUGGAGCGAAUGCAGGCUGCGCAGCUAUCCCAGAAGCCAGAACAGCAAGAGGGAUUGCUGCUUUCACUGCGCAGCGAUCCCUCUUGCUGUUCUGGCUUCUGAGAUUCAGAAUAUUUUUUUCUUGUUUUCCUCCUCCAAAAACUAGGUGCGUCUUGUGGUCUGGUGCGUCUUAUAGAGUGAAAAAUACGGUACAUUUUGUGCAGAAUCUGUUUGUUGUAAGAAAAGAGAGGCUGUUGCACUUGUGCGCACACACAAACACACAAUGAAAAACAAAAUUUAGUCCAGAAAUCCUAUUGCAGGCUUUCCCAAACUUGAAUUUCCAGCUGUUUUUAUACUACAGUUCCCAUCAUCCCUGACCACUGGUAUUGUUAGCCAGGGAUGAUGGGAGUUGUAGUCCAAAAACAGCUGGAGACCCAAGUUUGGGAAACCCUGUCCUAGAGGAAGCAGUAAAGCAUAAUAAUGAACCCCAGUUAUUGUUGUUGUUGUUCUAGAAAACAGUGGUCCUGAGAUUACCGCAUUUUUCGCUCUAUAACACGCACCCGACCAUAACACGCACGUAGUUUUUAGAGGAGGAAAAUCUGUAGGCAUGCCACCCGUAGGCAUUCCCUCCAUAACACGCACAGACAUUUCCCCUUACUUUUUAGGAGGAAAAAAGUGAGUGUUAUGGUGCAAACAAUACGGUAUAUGUAUUACUAAUUUUACUUUGAUACCUGUUCUUGAUCCUCUUUCUUAAUUUUAAUGAGAUUUAAGCUUGUGAGCUGUUUUUGUUUAAAGACACUUCUUUGCAUCCAGCAAACACUCCUGUCCUUUUUGAACCUGCACCUUCCAACAUAGUAACUAGGAAGGUUUGCAGUAAAUGACUAGGGGAUUGUGAUACAAGUUUUAAAAUGCAAGCCUGUUCUGCAACAAUUGUGGGCCCAUGUUUAGUUAUCUGAAAAAUGGAAAGUGAGCAAGGUCCCAAUCAAAGAGGACCGGCAACUUAAAUUGACAGAAUAUGCACAACUUGCAGAUUUAACAUAUAGAGCAAGAAGAACAUAAAGUACAUUUAAAGAAGAUUGGAAAACAAUUAUUGAAUAUAUGGAAAAUAACUGUAUACAGCUGAAAGUGCUGGCAGCAUUAAGAUAAAUUCAACAGAAUAUAAUUUUUUUAUGGAUAUAAGAGUGGGAAACUGAUUUGAAUUAUUACACUAAAAUGUGCAGGGAUGUAUGAUAUUUAAAAUGAACCAUGGAAAGAGAAGAAGGGAAGUCAUUGGAUAUUUUAAAGUUUGUAAAAUGUUUAUUUGAAAUUGUAAAACUGAAAAUUUAAUAAAAAAUUAAUUUGUAUACACACACACACACUAUAUAUAUAUAUAUAUAUAUAUAUAUAUAUAUAUAUAUAUAUAAAUGCAAACCUGAAGUUAGCCAAUCUGUUCCUUGGUAUGGCAAUCUGUUCUCUCCCAAACUGGGUUUGCAACAGACUGUAUUGAGUUAGAAAGAUAAACAGACGCACAGAUACGUCAUUUGAAUUGAGAGUGUUUGUUCUUGGAACCAGAGGUUCAAAGAUUGCAGGGAAGGUUGCCAGUGUCACUGUGGUCAAGGCGUCCAUUUCAGAUUCAACCUGUAUUUCCAAAGCAAUGCUUAAAAUCAGGGCUGGAGGUUUCUUUGUUUUGCAUUUUCAUAUAUAUGUAUAUAUAUAUAUGUAUAUAAAGGUAAAGGGACCCCUGACCAUUAGGUUCAGUCGUGACCGACUCUAGGGUUGCGGCGCUCAUCUCGCUUUAUUGGCCAAGGGAGCCGGCAUACAGCUUCCGGGUCAUGGGGCCAGCAUGACUAAGCUGCUUCUGGCGAACCAGAGCGGUGCAUGGAAACGCCGUUUACCUUCCCUCUGGAGUGGUACCUAUUUAUCUACUUGCACUUUGACGUGCUUUCAAACUGCUAGGUUGGCAGGGACUGAGCAACGGGAGCUCACCCCGUCACGGGGAUUCGAACCGCUGACCUUCUGAUCAGCAAGUCCUAGGCUCUGUGGUUUAAUCCACAGAGCCACCCGCGUUCAUAUAUAUAUAUAUAUAUAUAUAUAUAUAUAUAUAUGUAUGCAAUUUGCAUGUAUACCUGCAACGGUGAGAUUGUGUUAUUGUAGUUUGUGCAUUCUUUCCAUAUGGAGUUCCAGAAUACGUGUGACCCAGUAUGCAUGGAAAUUCCUCCCUUUCAGAUAUUUGUGCUACACAUGCAGACUCCCAAGGAGAGGAACUGCUCAGCACAGCCCGUAUCCUGCUCACAUGAUCUUAACCAUGUGAAAAUGGCUCAAAUAGGGCUGAGCCCCCUGGAACCACACACAUUCCCAAGCAUGGUUUGCCGUGAUGAAGGCUUCCCAAAAUAGUGGUCCCUGUUUGUUUUCCACCAAAGACCUUCUGAGUAGGUCUGUCCUGGGUAAAAAAAAAGGGUGGGUUGGGUUGGGGAAUGCAUUGCAUUGCUAGAACAUAGGUAGAGUAGACUAGCAGAACUACUGGUUUGUGUUCCAAGUCUGACUUAGCUUGUUGUGUGGUCUCAAGGAAACUCAUAAUGAGCUUUUUGAAAUGAUUCCAGGGCUACUUUAUCUAAUCCGAAAUAGAUGUUUGGUAGACAUGCCAAACAUCCCAUGCAAAAGUUUUCAUUUAAUUGUUGCUUGUACCCCUCUAACAACGAAUGUAGGACUAACUCAUCAAACAACGGAAUUGUUAGCAGCUUCUUUUAGAAGCUGUAAUAAUGGCACAGUGAUCUUCUAAAAUAAAUGGCAGCAACUGUUCUUGUAGCGUUUGGGUGAGUAUAUAAUACUCUCUCCUAACUUUAGUCAAGGAAAGGAUUCAUGUGCAUAAUUGGCCGUGGUAGAACUCAAAACCUGUGAUCUGUUGGAGUGACUUUCUGAUACGCUGUCAUAAAACAGCUUCCUGAGGAAAUAGAUCUGAAGGCCGGUGGUUCGAAUCCCCGCAACGGGGUGAGCUCCUGUUGUUCGGGCCCUGCUCCUGCCAACCUAGCAGUUCGAAAGCACAUCAAAGUGCAAGUACAUAAAUAGGUACGGCUCCGGCAGGAAGGUAAACGGUGUUUCUGUGCGCUGCUCUGGUUCGCCAGAAGCUGCUUAGUCUUGCUGGCCACUUGACCCAGAAGCUGUCUGCGGACAGACGCCAGCUUCCUCGGCCAAUAAAGUGAAAUGAGCACCGCAACCCCAGAGUCGGUCACGACUGGACCUAAUGGUCAGGGGUCCCUUUAUCUUUACCUUUACUAUCUGGUUUAUUUUCCAUACUGGACUAGAACUUUUCUUCACCCUAGUUUGACCUUUUUACCAUGAACUCAUUUUGUGAUCUGCAUCUCCAGAAUUUCACCACUACAAGCCUGCUGAGAGAUGCAAAGUCCAAAAUGAAGUAUCCUUCAGGAGAAUCACAAAAGGGCUUAGAUCUUUUUGUGCCACUGCCUGGGAUGAAGACUCGGUUUGGCAUGAGGGAGAGCAUGGGAAUGAGGACGGUGGCCAGGAGCUUGUGUUGAGCCAGCUUGGGAAUCAGUGGCAGCUAUAGAAAUUGAUUUUGAGGCUAUCUGGUUGCCUCUUCUGACCACCUUCCUCAUUCCUGUGCUCCUCCUCCUACCAGACUGACUCGUCAUCCUAAUUGGCAGAGCAUUUGGGGGCAUAAGCAGCAUAGGCAUAAGCAAUGGAUUCCCAAGCUGGUUGGGUAGGAGGAAGAUGAUUGGUGGUAGUGUCAGCCAACCUGGGGAUCUAGAUUACAGAGACGGGGAGCUGGCAUGCUGCAGGGGCAGCUAAAACAUGUUCUUUCUGUCCUCCACUGCUUGACUGGACUGCCUAUCCAUCACCUCUCGUUGCUCAGUAGUUUGAAGUGCCACCUCUUUGUGGUCCAGCACAGCUGACAGGGGCUGGACUGAGGAGGGAUGGUGGGAACAGCCUCUCCUCUCUCUGCAGCUUCCCAAGAAGAGGAGGACAGUAUAGAUUUAGAACAGCGGUUUGCAGAAAGGCAUAGUUCAGAGGCAAGAAGCUGGGGAAAAUAGGGGUUUGCUUCCCCACUCCUCCACACGCAGCUGCUGGGUGACCUUGGGCUAGUCACACUUCUCUGAAGUCUCUCAGCCCCACUCACCUCACAGAGUGUUUGUUGUGGGGGAGGAAGGGAAAGGAGAUUGUUAGCCGCUUUGAGACUCCUUCGGGUAGAGAUAAAGCAGGAUAUCAAAUCCAAACUACUACUACUACUACUACUACUACUACUACUCUUCUUCUUCUUCUUCUUCUUCUUCUUCUUCUUCUUCUUCUUCUUCUUCUUCCUCUCCUCCUCCUCCUCCUCCUCCUCCUCCUCCUCCUCCUCCUCCUUAGCAUCCCUGGCCCCCCUCUCCCAGAUCCAGGCGUGCCUUGAGAGUAGCAGAACAGAAAACUCAGAGGCAGAAAGCACAGAUCAGCCGGUGCAGGGGUGACAUAGAAUAGGAGGGUCUGAGAGGGUGGGACUUGGAGCAACACCAUUAUCUAAGAGAGAUUACAUUCCUUUGUCUUGGUAAGAACUCUUCUUGGUUUUCUGCUUCUUGGCAUCCCACCGUGGGAGGGAUAGGAUUCCCUGAAGCCCUGACAACAGCAUGAUGGCAUGCUUGCAUUUUUAUGCAACAUGGAAAAUACAUUGUUAAGGCCACAGGCUCAAAUUUCGGGUCACAUUUUUUAAGAUGUGUCCUUCGUUUUGAAGAAAAACAACAACAACAUUGGGGACCUGAUCCAGAACCUCCUCCCAGUCGAGAUCAGGGUGCUGCACCAGUUUCUUGCUUCCACUUGCCCCAGAAAGUGAUGUUUACUGCAAGCACCACCUGUAAUUUGAGGUGGUGGUUACAGUGCUACCAUGUUGAGUGCUGGCAAUGGAUCUGCUGAACAGUGAAAGUUAUACAUUUAAACUUGCAUUCUUGAGCAGAUAAGUUGCCGUGCCCCAACCAUUGGGAAACCACAUAUAAUCAGUAUGUGCAUUUUAGAGCAGAGUUCAGAGGUCUGGUGCCAACCAUAGUUUGCCAAUUUAGGUAUCGCAGUAAAUUUUGCUUAGCAUUAACCUUCGAACUGAAAGUGAAACUGCAAGGGAGGAGGGAGGAGGGAGAAUAUGAGCACAUAGCUUAUUUGUUUGGUAAAUUAUCCAUAGUGAGUUAGGCUGAAUCGACACUUAUAUAAAAAGCACUGUGAAAAUCCUUUAAAAAAAUGCGUUUAAAAAUAUAUAUGGAAUUUACCAUUAGCUCACCAGCACCAUCUAAUGUCACAUUUGUAUAAUGCACCUAAAACGUUAUAUUUGUAGCUUUAUAGCUGAGUCUCCAGUUUAAUUCAAGUGUCCUUUUCAUAGAAUUAGAGAACUGUAGGAUUGGAAGGGACCCCCGAAGGUCAUUUAGGAAUCUCAGCUCAAAAAUCCCAUUUGUUGUUGCUGUUGUUGUUGUUUUGCAGCUCUGGACCUCUGUACGUUGUUGCCUUUUAAUAUUUUUUCUUUCUUUGUGUGUGCUUGGCUUUAAGAUCUCAUUUGCAAAACAGCAUGUCAGGGAACUGACAUCGGAGCUAGAGGUGGAGGGAAGGCUCUCAAAUGAUGCUGGAGAAGGGCCCAGCAGGGAGAGAGGCAGCUCAGCAGAUGGGGAAGCAAUGCAGCGCAACACCAGGAAUAAAGAGGGGCAGAUGGGGGAAUCGGCGAGAGGGCUCCCAGACUCUUCACCGGACACCAGCGGGGAGAGCACAGGUCCUCCGCUACCCACGCCCUCCCUGCGCAGAAGACUUCCGCGCAGAGAGAGUAGGAGGAGACUGGGUGUCAAACAACUUUUAUGUUGGAAAAGGUUUAAGAAACGCCCACUGACGGAUUCUGCUAGCGACUGAGGCAGCCACAAAGUGAAGGGCUGUCCAGACUGAAAGGUUUAACAAGGCAACAAAGCCAGGAGAGGCGGCAACUUACGCACGAGCAACCCAUACUCUUUACACAGCACAACACCUGGGCUGCUAAUUUAUAUACACUUUCUUCCUUUCCCUUCAUUCUUCCGUUGCAGCGGUGUCCCAGCAGUGGUGGAUUUUGCUGCUAUGCGUGAUGCUGUGAAGGCCCUGGACGGAGACCCGGAAAAAAUCAACCCCAUCUGCCCUGCUGAUUUAGUAAUUGAUCAUUCUAUCCAGGUUGACUUUAAUAAAAGGUAAGGUAUGGCAACGGAGUUUAUGUCCAGCAGGAUUUUUUUUUUUUUUUAAAGGGGGGUAGGGGAUGGGGAAAACAAGAAACAGAUGCAGAAACCCAACAGAGAGUUAGGCACAGGACAUUUUCAAAGCACUGAACCAAUUUUGACAGCUCAACAUAAGAAGAAGAUAUGUUAUCCCCGUCCCCACGUCCCCUGCUGCUGAUAUAAUUAAUGUUUUAGAACCCUUUCCACCCCUCUUACAUUCAGGCUAGACCCUGUCAAAAAUGCCUACAUUCAGCAUGGAAUUAGCACUUGAGCCAGACAGUAGGAAUUACUGCAAAAGCUCCUUAAGCUCUCUUCACCGCUUGUUUCUAGCUCCCUGGUGCAAGGUAAUUAAAGAGCAUAAAACAGCUGAGCUCAAUAAAUAACAAACGUUCCUUUGUUUCUUGCUCUCCCUCACAUUUUUUUUGCCCACACACGUUGGACCUUGCGAAGCAUCCUCUUAAAGGUGUACCGCUCCGGUAACCCACAUAUUUUGUUUGCAGGCCAGACAGUUUGCAGAAGAAUCAAGAUCUGGAGUUUGAGAGGAACAAAGAAAGAUUUGAGUUCUUGAAGGUACAGCAAAAGAUUCCCCAUUUGUGCAUGAAUGGGGGAAAGCAGAGCUUGGCUCUGGUACAGGGAUUGGGGAGCCCUGUGGUCUCCACAUGCUGCUAGACUCCAACUCCCAUUAGCCUCAGCCAGCAUGGCCAGUGGUCAGGGUGAUGGGAGAUGAAGUCCAGCAGCUUCUUGAGAGUCGCAGAUUCCCUUCCCCUUCCCUAGUGGUCACCAGGGAAAAGAGCAUGUCACAGGCUGGGCUGACUGCUGACAGUCCGUGCGGUUUAGGAAGUGAAAAUGGCUACACUUCUGUCUUGGAAGAUGCAACUGGGCAAGGAAGAAGCCUAAUCCUGUAAAGACCUUGGCCCCAUAGAAGAAGGGACCAAACAACUGGGGUUGGGGGAGAAACGAGCAAGUGUUCCCUGAUCACCAAUUUAGAGUUGUUAUUGUUUUUGCCUUGACCAAUGUUGCCAAGUUUAUCUUCUAAACAUGUGUGGAAGCACAAGGGAUCAGAUUUUUGACUUUGCAGUUUCUGGGGCUGGCUUUUGAGCCCAGCAUCCAUCCACAACAAGGCUGACUUGGGUGGCUUUCAUUUUGCUGCCUUGAUUUUACAGUUUUUACAUGCUGCUUUCAAAAAUAGUGGGGCCCUAUAGUCGGUGGUUCAAAUCCCCGUGACGGGGUGAGCUCCCGUUGCUCGGUCCCUGCUCCUGCCAACCUAGCAGUUCGAAAGCACACCAGUGCAAGUAGAUAAAUAGGUACCACUCUGGCGGGAAGGUAAAUGGCGUUUCCGUGCAUUGCUCUGAUUCGCCAGAAGCGGCUUAGUCAUGCUGGCCACAUGACCCGGAAGCUGUACACCGGCUCCCUCGGCCAAUAAAGCGAGAUGAGCUCCGCAACCCCAGAGUUGGCCACGACUAGACCUAAUGGUCAGGGGCCCCUUUACCUUUACCUUUAGCAGCUUGUGAGGUGGGGCCUGGGACAGAAUCUUCUGCUUAGUGAUCUUCCAAACACCCCCACCGCCAGUACCAGAUAACAGGUUUUUUUAUGCUCGGACACACACAAUGCUGCCAAGAUCAUUCUUUGACUAUGUCUAAGAGAGAGCGCCUCUUCCGUUUUGUGUUUCCAGUGGGGCUCCCAAGCCUUCCAGAACAUGAGGAUUAUUCCCCCGGGCUCUGGGAUUGUCCAUCAAGUGAAUCUGGAGUAUUUGGCAAGAGUUGUCUUUGAUCAGAGUGGAUACUAUUAUCCAGACAGCGUGGUGGGCACCGAUUCACAUACCACGAUGAUUAAUGGCUUAGGCGUCCUUGGCUGGGGUAAGUGCCCUUGAACUUGAUUGACCUAUUCAGUGGUUUGGGUUUAUGUUGAGUUGCAGGUAAACAAAGUUCUGCUUCUCUCUCCCUUCCCCGCCCCAAAUAAAUGAUCGUUAGAACUUGUUGAAAAACGUUUGAAAAGGACUGCUGCAAAAAGGCCCAGGCGAAGAUGGGGACAUUUGGACCAACUUUUGCAUUUAAAAACACCGAACCGCAUUUCUCUUAACUACAUUUAAAGCAAUUACAUGUUCCCUCCGUACAAAUCUAUGCACAACGUUAGCAGCAGAGACCUCCCCAAAGAUUAAAUCCACGGAAGAUUAAAAUCCAAUUGAAAACCCACCUAAUACCAGUCUAAUCCCUACCAUUUAAGGAGAACCCAAACAGCGAAGUUAAUGUUUCUGAGGAAUGUUCAGACUUGGUGCUGGCCAAAGGUUUGACUCUCUUUCCAGUUCCAGAUGGGGGUUUGCGGUGCUUGUGUUUCCCCUGAAGGUGUAAAAGGAUUGUCUGAUCAGCUGAUAAAUUGUCUACAUGCAGACAAUGCAACCGCAUAAACCUUUUUAAGACUUUGCAGUUUUGCUUUAGGUAAAUUCAGUGCAAAGCAGGAGCUGUUUGCUGUGGAAUAUAAUAAGUAUAUCCACAAGCACUUCAUCCAUCCUGAUCGUAUGGCAAUGUUGGCAGCAAUCCUAGACAGCCCUAUCUUCUCUGUUCCAUUGGAAUUUUCUUUCUCUCUGCCUUGAAGCUUUACCGUCUUUUUUGCUCUAUAAGACUCACUUUUUCCCUCCUAAAAAGUAAAGGGAAAUGUGUGUGCAUCUUAUGGAGCGAAUGCAGGCUGCGCAGCUAUCCCAGAAGCCAGAACAGCAAGAGGGAUUGCUGCUUUCACUGCAUAGCAAUCCCUCUUGCUGUUCUGGCUUCUGAGAUUCAGAAUAUAUUUUUUUUCUUGUUUUCCUCCUCCAAAAACUAGUCUUGUGGUCUGGUGCAUCUUAUAGAGCGAAAAAUACGAUAUAUCCUUCUUGUUUGUCAUCAGGCAGCGAGACAGUUGCAUUUAAUGCUGUCUUUGUCCUUGUUGGCAGGCGUGGGGGGAAUUGAAGCAGAAGCAGUGAUGCUGGGCCAGCCAAUCAGCAUGGUGCUUCCUGAGGUGAUCGGCUACAAAUUGAUAGGUAGCCCUCAACCACUUGUCACAUCCACUGACAUUGUGCUCACCGUUACCAAGGUAAUCACAUGGUGUGACACCACGAUGGCCAAAACCACUGUUGUCCAUUUUCUAGGGAUUUGAUCUUCCCUUAAUUCCAGAAACAUGUCUAUCAUAGAUGGGGGGCAGGGGAGCAGAGAGGGUGCCAUUACUUCCGUAGUGGGCAGAAAAUAGAUCUGGAUCUACCAUUAGAUCUCUGGCUGAUUUGCAGUAGAUAGGCAAGGAUUUCUGACCCCCGUUUGUGUUUAACAAUGGCAGCAUGAAAAUUACGCUUCCCUCAAUUAUACUGAGAUAACCAGGAGUGAAUAUUUGUGUGGAAGGGUUAUGAGCUAUAAAGAGGUACCUCGGGUUACAUACGCUUCAGGUUACAUACGCUUCAGGUUACAGACUCCGCUAACCCAGAAAUAGUGCUUCAGGUUAAGAACUUUGCUUCAGGAUGAGAACAGAAAUCAUGCUCCGGUGGCGCGGCGGCAGCAGGAGGCCCCAUUAGCUAAAGUGGUGCUUCAGGUUAAGAACAGUUUCAGGUUAAGUAUGGACCUCUGGAACAAAUUAAGUACUUAACCCGAGGUACCACUGUAUUAAGUUCUGAUGCUCAGAGCUAAUUUCUGGGCUCAGAAUGCUUUGAUUUUAAGUCUUUCGCAUCAGGGUCUGGUUGGUAGAUCUCAUGUUUCCUACUAAAAAUUAAAAUAGAUCCUGCAAGCCUGAUGUCUAUGUACCAAUUUCAUCAAGUGGAGCAAACUGGCCUAAGAGCAUGAGCUAUGAGCCUGGAAACUCUCACCUCAUAUCUCCCCUUAUUCACAAAUUAACUCGGUGACUCAGCCUCUCCCAACCCUCAGUCUGCAGUACUGAGUUGAUGAUAAUUGAUCUACCUUAUGGAGCCAUUGUAGGGAUUACUGAGAUAAACUAACACAACGAUCGCUUGAAAAUUUUUAAGCGGUAGCCAGUGGAAAGCUGGCUAAGAUUGGGAUGCUGGCAGCUUUUGAGUUUGUGCUCUUUUAUUAGAACACAAUUUAUAUCAGACGGUUCUAAGUGCAGUUUUUAAUCUGUUACAGCACCUCCGCCAGGUUGGGGUUGUGGGUAAAUUUGUUGAGUUCUUUGGGCCUGGGGUGACUCAACUGUCCAUCGCUGAUCGAGCCACCAUUGCCAACAUGUGCCCGGAAUAUGGAGCAACUGCUGCCUUCUUCCCAGUUGAUGAAGUUAGCAUCAAGUACCUGCUUCAAACAGGUGAGUGUCAAACAGGUGACAAAAUUCAGGGGGACACCUGGACGCUUGAAAUAGAGAAAAUGGAUCUGCUGGGUUUACGAUAAGUUGGACUGAGUGCUUUUAACUCCAGCAUGUGCAAACUAGUGUCAAUAUCUGUGUGGCCCAUUCUGCAUAUAAUGACAAGCCGUGGUUUGCCAUUUUGAGAAGGAGCAGGCAACGAUGCUCCCCCCCCCCACCUUGCAUAUUACAGGAGGAAGUGAGAUGAAAAGCCUCCAGCUGAGGUUUGCAAUAAAACUGCAGUUUCCUGUUGGCACCCAUAUAAGGCAAACUGCGGCCGUAGUUUGUUGGUUAUCCUGAUUUGUGAACAAACUAUAGAUUGCACAAGCUACAGUUUGCCAUCUUUCAGAUGAGGUUUGUUAGAAAAGCUAAUUGAAAAAAUAUCUUGUUUCCUCUUCAUGCACAAAGAAGGGGAGCAGACAGUGUAUGAUACUUCCUUCUUCCAGUAACAGAAAAACUAUGGCUUGUUGAUACAUCUGAACUGGGUCAAUAUUUACUGCUUUUUGUGUCUUAGAAGAAAAUGAAAUAAUGGAGGGGUUUGUCCUUUAGUAUUGUUUAUGAUCUGAUUAGGUGAUUGAAAGUGGUUUAAUUCAUCACUUUGAAACCUCAGAUUUACACACAUUCAGAGAAAUACGAAAUGCACAUACAGUCGUACCUUGGAAGUUGAACAGAAUCUGUUCCAGAAGUCCGUUCGACUUCCAAAACGUUUGGAAACCAAAGUGCUGCUUCUGAUUGGCUGCAGGAAGUUCCUGCAGCCAAUCAGAAGUGGCGGAAGCCCUGUCAGACAUUCGGGUUCCAAAGAACGUUCGCAAACUUUCGGGUUCGGGAGCCAAAACAUCAGAGUACCAAGGCAUUCAGGAUCCAAGAUACGACUGUAUUAUCACCAUCAUUAUUAUUAUUAUAAUUUGUACACCGCCCUUCAUCUGUAGAUCUCAGGGUGGUUCACAGCAUAAAAUUAGGUCAUCAAAAAAACAAAAUAGGGAUAUGUGUUCAGAUCAUACCGUUUCCACUAUUUUUUAAAAAGGGAUUUCUUUGUUUGAUGAGGCAAAUAAUAUAACCUGUCUUGUAACCCUGAUUGAUCUAUUUUGAAGUCACCUUAAAAAAAUAAACAUAUGUGUUAUUUAAAUAAGAGCCUCUAAAGAAUCCAUAGCCCUAAUAUGUGACACUGAGGCAUCAAUAAAGGUAAAGUUAAAGGGACUCCUUUAGGUCCAGUCGCUUUAUUGGUCAAGGAAGCUGGCAUCAAUAAUCCUAUUAAAUCAUAGAUUUGGGAAUAUUUAGGACAUCUCUGCAUAUAAAGAGCAGAGUAAACAACAGGCAAGAUCCUCCGUCACAACCAUCCACUUCCAUUUUUAGUCAUGGCAAGAAUUUUGCAUACAAAAUGAAAUGCUGAUAUAGACAAUGAAAUGUUUUAUUUAUAAUUCCCAAUACUGUGCGUUCACUGGCAUUAUGAACUCGGCUCAGAAGCGGAUAUCUUUUUGUGUUCUUAUAUUGUUAACCACCCUGCAAUCCUCAGAUGACGGGGAGCAUACAAAUUUAAUAAGUAACAAUAUUAAUAAUCUUCUAUUCAAAUCCUACAUGGCGACCUAAACAUUCGGUUGUGGAAUUCUAAGUUGUUGUCUUUGUGCUUGUUUGAAAUGCUGCAACUUGAUUGGCUCUUUCCAUCUGCUUUAGGCCGUGAUGAAGAUAAGAUUAGGCACAUAAGAAAAUACCUUGAGGCUGCAGGAAUGUUUAGAGAUUUCAGUAACUCGUCGCAGGAUCCCGAUUUUACACAGGUGGGUUUGCUUGACUUGACACCUUCCUCAAAUGAGCAUUCAGGCCUUUUGCCUCUUAGUCUUAAUAAGGUCCUACCUACCACUUGUGAGACCUCACAAAGGCACUUUGAAUUUAGCCCAGAAACUAUUAGGUAGGCAGUGAAGUUGAGCCAGGAUUGGCGUUAUAUGCUCAAACUGUCUUGCCCCAAAGAGCAACAUGUCCUCUGAAUUCUGCACUGGCUGAAGUUUCCAAACUGUCUUCAGAGGCAGCCCCACAUACAAUGUGUUGCAGUAAUCUAACCUAGAGGUUACCAGAGCACAGACAACAGAAGUUAGGCUCUCUCUGUCCAGACAGGGUCGCAGCUGGGACACCAGCCAAAGCUGAUGGAAGGCACUCUGUACUAGGGCUGGGCGAUGAUAUAUCAAUAUAUCAUCCAAAACCGGUUUGAAGUCCGUAUCGUGAUAUCGUUUUCAUAAUUUUUGACCUGGCAAUAUAUCAUGAAUCAUGAUGUGUAUGAGUUUGCGUGUUAUGCAAAAAUCAUGAUGUGGGGAACCCAUUGAAGCCAGCAAACACCUCUACAUAAAAGGUAAAGGGACCCCUGACCAUUAGGUCCAUUCGCGGACGACUCUAGGGUUGCGGCGCUCAUCUCACUUUAUUGGCCGAGGGAGCCGGCGUACAGCUUCCGGGUCAUGUGGCCAGCAUGACUAAGCCGCUUCUGGGGAACCAGAGCAGCGCACAGAAAGGCUGUUUACCUUCCCGUCGGAGCGGUACCUAUUUAUCUACUUGUACUUUGAUGUGCUUUCGAACUGCUAGGUUGGCAGGAGCAGGGAUCAAGCAACGGGAGCUCACUCCGUUGCGGGGAUUCGAACCGCCAACUUUCUGAUCUGCAAUCCCUAGGCUCUGUGGUUUAACCCACAGCGGCACCCACGUCCCUUCUACAUAGCUCUACAUAGCUCCGUCCUUAUUUCAAUCAUCAUGAUCAAACGGUAUAUCGUGAUGUUUUUUAUUAUUUAUUUAUUUAUUGAAUUUAUAUACGGUCGUACCUCAGAAGUCAAACAGAAUCCGUUCUGGAAGUCCGUUUGACUUUCGGAGUGUGGCUUCUGAUUGGCUGCAGGAAGUUCAUAAAAACAACAACCCAAUAGCCCCCCUCCCUCGCUGAUAUGUCAUGAUGUUGAAAACUAGAUAUUGCCCAGCACUACUCCGUGCCAUCAAGGCCACCUGAGUGUCAAGUGACAGCACAGGAUCUGGGAAUACCCCCAAGCUGUAUACCCGCUCCUUCAGAGGAAGUGUAACCCCAUCAAGAGCAGGCAACCUCUCAGCGCUCUGGACUAGGGAACCACCCACUCAAUCAUCCCUGACCAUUGGUCAUGUUAGGAUGUUAGGAUUUUAUGUAAGCUGAUGCUGGCUAGCGUGAUUAGUAUAAAUCACAUGAGAUGUCUGAGAAGAGUGUGGGAACGGAAGACUGUCUUAUCUCUCCCGUCUGAGAGUGUUACUGGACUGGACUUUCGCUUUUGCUGUAUGCUUUCUGUUUCUGCCAGAGUUUGGAGAACACAGACGUGAUUAUGGAUUCUCUGUGUAUAUUGUGAAUAAAACGUAGUUUAGAUUUACGGAUGUCUCUAUCUUCUUGCUGUGUGAUGCCAGAAGACUUGUGUGCACUUUUCAUAUGAGAAGUGUCGCAGAGGGGCGACACUCUGGAGUGAAGGGACAUGCCAUUCCAGAGAUGUGCCUACUGGGAGAUGCUCGGAGGUACUGGGAGUCUGCCGUCCCCCCCAGGAGUGUUUGCCCUCAACAGCUGGUAUUGGUGGAAGCUGGAAUCCAACAACAUCUCAAGGACCACAGACUCUCCAUUCCUGGUACGAGUGGAGAUCCUUUUCUAGAGCGGGGGUGGGGAAAUUUUAAACCCCCCGAUGUUGCCGAACUGCAACCCACAUCACCCCUGGCUAUUGGCCAUACUUCCUGGAGUGGAUGAGAGUUGUAGUUCAGCCACAUCUGGAGGGGGUUCCCCACCCCUGGUCUAGGAGAAACAUCUCUUUCAAGAGUCCCAAACUCUUGAUAAUAUGCGGAGGACCUUCUGUGUUGCAUGGCAAGUUCCCGCCUCCCCCCUCGGAAAUAAAGACACAAGACACAAGAAUUAGAGUUAAUGGGUCAAAUUAGGCCACAACUUUGUUGAUUACAGGAAUUGAGCGGUAUUGGUUUAGGCAUUGGUCCUAUCAUCUAACCGGCUUCAGCCUGCUUGCUUGAAGACCGGUAAGGGUUAACCACCACUAGGGGGAGUCCCGCUGAUGCACAUCAACUAGGAGCUCCCCUGGGGUCACCGCUCAGGGGCGUGCCGUGGGCCCACACCUCCAUAAGCUUAGGACAAGGCCAUGCUCCCUGGAAUCCUUUACCGGACUACGCUUUGAUUUGGGGGAAGGUGAUGGCGCUUCCUCCCCCCUUCAUCUGCAUAACAAUACCCCUACCAAUGCCUAACCGCCAAUACCGAGGAGUUGUGACGGUUUGCUACCAGGUAGGCGAAAACCAAGUGGCUGGUGCCAAUCUGCCAAUUGGAAAAAUUCCUACCAGGCCCCUCGACGGCGACCAACCGGAGUCCAUAGCAAAGUCGGAGAGACUAGCCUAACGGGUGGGAGGGGAGGGAAAACCUGAACAGCUGAGGAGUGGAAAGAGGGAGAUCCUCAGCCGCGCUGGCCCUAAAUAGGGCUGGCCAUGCCUCCCGGGCCAGCCGAUUGGCUGGCCAGGGGGAUGACGCGUCUGAGGAUUCCCCUAGUAUCACGGGGGCUAUCAGCCAGCCCCCGUGAGUGUGGGGAGGGGCGUGAAGUCCGCAACCCCACCUCCUCCCUAGCUCGGAAGUGGCUUUUUCAUCCCUUCCCUCUGAAGACUUUGGAGCAUGUUGGCACAGGCUAGCUGAACUGGGAGGUCCUCCAAGCCAAUUGUGUAGCCCACAGGGCAUGCAUGGCAGACCACCAAGGGUUAGAUUAAACCUCCUGUUUGUGUUGCCUACCGAGGACCUCAAACAGAGGGAGGGUUGUUGAGCACCUGACAAACCCCGAAGCGAGGCUGGUGGGCCGAGUUCAGGUUGGGGCAGGCCUGCACUGGAAUAAAUCCUUGGCAUUGUGCUCUUAAGCCUGCAGGGCUUGUCCUGCUUGUUACAAAUAGUCAGUUCCUGUGAAAUGCAGCCUGGCUUCCUUUUGCUUCAUAGGUGUAUCGUGACUUCCUGUCUAAAGCAGGGAUUGAGAAGCUGUGGCACACUCCAGUUCCCAUCAGCCACAGCUAGCAUGACUAAUGAUCAGGGAUGUUGGGAGUUGUAGUCUAGGAGGGCCACAGGCUUCCCCAAACCUUGUCUAAAGCCUCCAGGGGAUUUAGAAUUGCAGAUCCUGUCUCUGUAAGAACUAUCCUUUGCUGUAUGGAAAGACCCAUGCAGGCAACCUGGUGCCUCUACAAGCCAUUCCUUCAUGCUUGUCGGGAGCAUCUGAAAAAUCCGCAUUGCCCCCAACCAUAUAUAGAUCUCUUCUGUCCUCCCACCCCAAAUCACUGUUUUCUGUGGUGGUGAAAGCCACCAGACCCUAAGUCAGGCUGCUGAUAAGGACCCCUUUAACUAGCAAAUAUUUAGAGGAAAAUUAAUAGAAGGCUCCAACUCUCUAUUAGGAAUAUCAUAUGCCCUAGACUAGGUCACUGUUAGCCUUUUGGGUAAUCUGUCCCUUUCCAAGAUGGCCUUGAUCUCCCCUGUCAGAAAAAAUAAGUAAAUCCAGUGCAGGACAAAGCAAAGAUAUUCUUGAAUAUCCCUCAGCCUCUCCACAGACCACCUGAAUGGAACUCUUGGACCAUGUUUGAGAACCGUUGCUUUAAAGUAUUUAUCAUUUUAAGAACUGAUAUUGACAUGGUUAAUGACAUAUCUAUAUCUAUAUAUGAGACUGCAAAUUUACGAUUUUAGGAUGACCAGGAACUAGACCCCUGGCUUGAUUAUGAACGACUGGGGUAAUUCAGAGUAGAGAAUAAUGCCAGCAAUGUUGCAGCGUUCCCUGGGAGUCCACCAUUUUACUCUUUUCCCAUAUAAGUUAAUGGCUUCAAUUCAGUCCUAUGUGGGGGGAACUCACAGGCAGUUUUGAAAAUUGCAUCUUGUUUACCCAAUCUCUCUCUCUUUUCUUAAAUAGAUUGUGGAGUUGGAUCUGCAAACAGUUGCUCCAUGUUGCAGUGGCCCUAAAAGACCACAGGACAAGGUCGUGGUCUCUGAAAUGAAGAAGGAUUUUGAGAACUGCCUGGGAGCUAAAGUAAUGGCUUUUUUUCUUCUCCAGCUGAGAUUCAUUUUCUUUCUUCCUCUUUCAUUCAGAAACUUUAAUUGCUUCAGACUUGCUUUUAGAGCUCAGAAUUUCUAUACUCUUUGGCCUGGUAGUCCCUAACCAAUUCCACUUGAGGAACCUGCCCACUGAAUCCCCUAGUUGUUGUUUGUUUUUGGACAACAUGCCCAUUUUGUCCAUUGUAGUUUAGGUUGUCUGCUUUUUUAUGAAUAGGCAAAUAAGUAAAGAGUUUGGCCCCUCUUGUGCCAGUGAAACGGAUUUCAUUCAAGUGCUGCUUCCGCUGUUCAUUUGUGGUUACAAAGACCUUCCUUUGCCUAGUCUAGGCUUUCCCAAUUUUUCUUUUGUGCACAAACUUUUGGGAAUUGGCUGCUGAUAAUGAGAAACUCAUUCCCUUCUCUCUCCAACCCCGCAUGGAAUUUUGGUUAGAAUUAUUUUGUUUCUGACUAUAUAGGAGAUAGGCAGAAAUUUCAGAGGGACAAUUCAUCAGCAUUUGCGCAAAAGACUAGACUUUUUUUCUGUCUAAGACAAUAUACCUGGCUUUACCAGCUGUUUAAUUGCAGGAUCUUUUCAUCUGCCAAAGCCCGAACCAUUCUGAAGUCAGCAGAGUGCUUCAUUAUAGUCAGAAUGCAAAGAAACUUUCCUGAAUGCUUGGUGAAAUAUUGCCUAGCAGAAUCCUAAUAGAGUAACCCUACUGUACAGCUGGACAAAUGGAUUUCAACAGCACAGUUCCCUUUCCAAGUUAACACGCAGAGUGUUUUGAUACACAUGCUGCAGUGAAUGUAUGUGGUUUUUCUGCCAGUUCAAAGCAUCAUAUGUUCCAAUAAUGAGUUGCUCCUCCUUCCGUACACAAAACAGCAUCACCAACCAUCAGUGAACAAGAAUGAAGAAUCAAUGGGCUUGGGUGGAAUCUUGAGGUUUGUAGAACUUAAAUGGGCACAGGAUGCAGAUUUGUCUCUUGGUUGUGGGAUGGGAAACCGACAAGGAAUAGAAUGGAAUACCCUGGAAGAAUAUAUGGAUGUUUGAUGGAAUGCUAAUCACACCAGCAUUCCACCUUGCAGUAUGCUUUGUGGCAGGUCUCACUUGUUCUCUUUCUAAACUUUGAAAAGGCAAAUCUGCCUUGAGCAUCUUUGCCCUGACCAAAAUGGCGGCUGUAGAACUGUCUGUUUUGCUCUCCUUGGGCCUUUCCUCUGCUACCGUGAUUCAAAAUAAUAGUUCUCUUUCCUUGUCCCCUCUUCCUUGUAGCAAGGGUUUAAAGGCUUCCAAAUUGCCCCUGACCAGCAUAACAGCCAAGUGAAAUUUGUUUACAACGAUAAGGAGUUCGAACUUACACAUGGCUCGGUGGUGAUUGCUGCCAUUACUAGCUGCACCAACACAAGUAAUCCUUCGGUUAUGCUGGGAGCUGGUAAGUGUGUCUCAUCUUUUUGUGUGUCAUUAAAUUACACAUGCAUUUAUGUGCUUUUCAAGAGGGAAGGGACCCUCAAAGCCUUCUUACAUAAGCUGGCAUAACUGAUUAGCAAUGCUGUCUUGUCUCUGUUUUCGUUUGGGCCUCUAGAGCUAGAGGGAGGGUCGUGGUGGAAUUUGUCAAUUAUUUGGCUAGGUAAAGGUAAAGGGAUCCCUGACCAUUAGGUCCAGUCAUGACCAACUCUGGGGUUGCAGCGCUCAUCUCGCUUUAUUGGCCGAGGGAGCCGGCGUACAGCUUCCGGGUCAUGUAGCCAGCAUGACUAAGCCGCUUCUGGCGAACCAGAGCAGCGCACGGAAAUGCCAUUUACCUUCCUGCCUGUUUAUCUACUUGCACUUUGACAUGCUUUCAAACUGCUAGGUUGGCAGGAGCAGGGACCGAGCAAUGGGAGCUCACCCCGUUGCGGGGAUUCAAACCGCCGACCUUCUGAUCGGCAAGGCCCUAGGCUCUGUGGUUUAACCCACAGCGCCACCCGCAUCCCAAUUAUUGGCUACCUUGGUGUAAAUAGCAAUUGUGUCCAAGCAGAUAGGCACAGCCACACUUUCAUUGUGUAUGAGCCUUUCCCCCCUUUGUCUCCUGUUGAGAGAGUGAGGGUGUAACAGCACCCUAGAAAAUAGCUCAGUCAGUAGAGCAUAAGACUCUUAGCCUCAAGGCCGUGGGUUUGAGCCCCAGAUUGGGCAAAAAAAUUCCUGCCUUGCAGGGGGUUGGACUAGAUGACCCUCGUGGUCCCUUCCAACACUACAGUUCUAUGAUUCUAUGAAACUAGGUAUAGGAAAGGGCAGUUAUAAAAGCAAGCUUAAAUAUGGUUGAAGUCCAGUGCGAUGAUUCCAGGGGAGCUUGUUCCUAGACUUUACUAUAAUACCUUAGGCAGAUGCAAAUCUUUACCAAGGCCUUUGACACCUGAGAUGUGUGUUUUCGGAGCCCGCCUUCUUCCUGCAACUGUAAAUGUUCUGAAUUCCGAAUUUCAAGUUGUUACAACCCACCCUGUGGCUUGAGCCGGGCUGGUAACAAAUUUAAUCAAUGUCAUCCUCUUCUAGUGAUAGCUUUAAAUAAUAUACUAUGGUUUAAAUGCAGCAUGGAGCCAGACAUGCCUGCACCUAUAUGAUUUUGUAAGACCACAUACAGUCAUACCUUGCUUAUUGAACAGCUUAGUUCUCAAACGUUUUCACUCCCAAACGCCGCAAACCUGGAAGUGACUGUUCCAGUUUGCAAACUAUUUUUGAAAGCCGAUUGUCCAACGGGGCUUCCGAUUGGCUGCAGGAACUUCCUGCAGCCAAUCAUAACCUGGACAUGGUUUCUGAAUGUUUUGGAAGUUGAACGGACUUCCGGAACGGAUUCUGUUUGACUUCCAAGGUAUGACUGUAUUACAUAGAUGGUAUGUAUAAAUAAAUGUCCACCACUCCCAUCGUUCCUGGCCAUUGGCCACACAAGCUAGUGCUGAUGGGAGUUGGAGCCCAUCAGUGUCUAGAGGGGAUUCCCCACCCCAUAAUACUCAGCUGGAACAAGUGGUCUGAGGCAUCCAUUGACUUUGGAUAUUUUUUCAGGAUUGCUUGCCAAGAAAGCUGUAGAAGCCGGACUGACUGUGAAGCCAUACAUUAAAACUAGCCUGUCUCCUGGAAGUGGGGUUGUUACAUACUAUCUGAGAGAGAGUGGAGUCUUGCCUUACCUUGUUCAACUAGGGUAAGAGGUUAGGUUAUAUUCACUUUUUUGUUGGAGAGCUCAGUCGAGACUCUCAUAAUUAAUGUUUCAUACUUGCUCCUCGGGUGAAAAAGCAUGCAUUAAGUAUUCAUUUUAACUGUUGGCUGUAACUAGAAAAUAAACAAAAUCGCAGCUAAAAACACCGGGUUGAGAAAAGCAAAGCAGCCUGGAAUACAUGGGGGAAACCACAUGUUGUUGGACUCCAAAUCCCAUCAGCCCCAGCCAGAAUUGGACAGUGGUUGAGGUUGAUGGGAGGUGUAGUUCAAUAACCUGGAAAAGCCACAGGUUCUCCUUUCCUGCUUAUAAAGGUUGCUGGAAUGUUCAAGGGUCAUUCAGUUGCCAACAUUCAGGUUGCAGUCUGCACGCGAGUUGAAAGUACAGUGGUACCUUGGUUUAAGAAGAGUCUGGUUUAAGAACGAUUCGGUUUACAAACUCUGCAAAACUGGAAAUAGUGUCCUGGUUUGAGAACUUUACCUCAGUCUAAGAAUGGAAUCUGAACGGUGGAAGGGCACCAGCGGUGGGAGGCCUCAUUAGGGAAAGCGUGCCUCGGUUUAAGAAUGGUUUCGGUUUAAGAACAGACUUCCGGAACGGAUUAAGUCUGUCAACCGAGGUACCACUGUAUUAUUAUUAUUAUUAUUAUUAAUUAUUAAAUUUAUAUACUUCCCUUCAUCUGAAGCUCACAGGGUGGUUUACAGUAUAAAAACACAAAAACACAUAACAUAACCGUAGCUGUCAACGUUUCCCUUUUUUAAAGGGAAAUUCCCUUAUUCCGAAUAGGAUUCCUCGCAAGAAAAGGGAAAAGUUGACAGCUAUGAACAUAACAACAAACAAAAACAAUACCCGCCCCCCCCCAGAAAAGGCUAGUAUUGCCAGCCUCUGGACCUUUGCAGAAGAGGCACAUGAAGAAGUGCUUCAGAUGAUGAAUGUAGGGUCUGGGUCGGUUCCUAUGGGGAGAGGGAGUCCUUGAAGUAUUGCAGUCCUGGGCAAGUUAAGGCUUUAAAGCUCAAAACCAGCACUUUGAAUCGGGCCCGGAAACUAAUUAGCAGCCAGUGCAGCCGGGCCAGGAGUGGAGUUGUAUGCACAAACCGUCUUGCCCCAGUGAGCGAUCUGGCCGCCAAAUUUGUUAUUGUUUUGUUAUUGCUUUGGUUCCUUAGUAAUUAAUUUUUAAAAGGGAAGAAAGAUGAGGCCGCUCAUUUUCCAGUAUAUAUCCAGUCUUACCUUGGGUUACAGACGCUUUGGGUUGUGUGAUUUCGGGUUGCGCACUGCGCCAAACCCGGAAGUAACGGAAAGGGUUACUUCCGGGUUUCGGCGCUUGCACAUGCACAGAAGCGCCGAAUUGCGACCCAUGCGUGUGCAGACGCGGCGGGUUGUGAACGUGCUUCCCGCACGGAUCACGUUCGCAACCCAAGCGUCCACUGUACCAUCUUCACUGCAGUUGAGAUGUAUUCAUAAUUAAGCCCUACUGUAUAAAAAUGGCAGGUGAGGUGGCAAAUGCAGUGAAGUGUCUCAUGAUUAAUACUCAUUAAACAAACAAACAACACAAAACCUUCCUUCUCUUUCUUGUGCUUAACAAAAGCAGCAUAUCAGAGAGGAGAGCAGGCUAGAAAAUGCCUUGAAUGUUCGACUCCCACCUGUAACGUGAAGGGAGUCUAGGCGAGAUUUUUUUUUUUUACGGUGACCCAUCUGAUUUUCCAUUCAUGCAAACUAGGCCUGAGAUGGACACAUAGAGUGGUUGUGAUUUUUCCAGUAGAAACAUUGACCUCAGAGGGUGGAAUUCAACAUUGCACUAUUGCAGGUGUUCUGCCUGCACAAGCAUAUCCUACUGUGCUCUUUCUUUCUUUUUUGGCAAAUAGUAUGCUUUAUAGUUAAUAUGCAUAUGUGUAUAUAUCCAUCAAAUACAGAACCUGUUUCAUGCUGUCUGCAGGUUUGAUGUGGUAGGUUAUGGAUGUAUGACAUGCAUUGGCAACAGCGGGCCUCUGCCAGAACCAGUUGUCGAAGCCAUUACUCAGGUAAGUCAAGUCUUGUGCCCCAUAUUCCGCUAUUAGAGAUGUCAAAUACAGACUUCCAUUUUGGUUACAAAUGGCUAAAAGGUAAAGGGACCCCUGAUGGUUAAGUCCAGUCACGGACGACUCUGGGGUUGCAGACAGCUUCUGGGUCAUGUGGCCAGCAUGACUAAGCCACUUCUGGCGAACCAGAGCAGUGCACGCAAACGCCAUUUACCGUCCUGCCAGAGCGGUACCUAUUUAUCUACUUGCACUUUGACGUGCUUUCGAACUGCUGGGUUGGCAGGAGCAGGAGCUCACCCUGUCGCGGGGAUUCAAACCGCCAACCUUCUGAUCGGCAAGCCCUAGGCUCUGUGAUUUACACCACCGCGCUACCUGCUUGGCUACAAGCAAGCAAAUUGUUGUUGUUGUUGUUAUUUUUGUUGUCUGGUCUUUUCACCGUAAUAAAAAUUAAUUGACAGACAUCCUGUAGGACUUAGGUGCAAGUGAAAUAGCAGUGGAACUUGUAUUUUUUUAAAAAUAAAUAUGCAUUGCUGGUGGCUUGCAGCAAACAGAAUAGAAGGCUUUUGCAGUGGACAUUGUGUGUUCUCAGAAAGCGUCUGUUUUACUACAUUUUACAUUUAUCCGACUUUGUUCAAUAGACCAAUUAGUCUAGGGAUUUUUCAAUCUCACUCUGAUGGAAGCUGAGUAUUUGUGAUCCCGCUACUCGGCUUCAGAUCCAGAGCUCAUGAAAGCCCUUGUUGGGUAUUUCCUGGAACUGUGAGCACAGCUCAGUGAUAUCCUCUCUCCCUCCCCAUUCCCAGGUCUUCUAGAUGUGAGACAGUAGAAGCUGUAGCAUUUGUAAAUGUGUUAUCCUGUUCCCUUCUUCCCCUCUGCACAGGGAGACCUUGUAGCUGUGGGUGUCCUCUCUGGAAACAGAAACUUUGAGGGCCGUGUCCACCCCAAUACUCGUGCCAAUUACCUGGCCUCCCCACCAUUGGUAAUAGCAUAUGCCAUUGCAGGAACCAUAAGGAUUGACUUUGAGAAGGAACCUCUAGGUAAGGCAUCGCUUGGGGAAUAAUGAACCCUUUUAAUUUUGUGUAUCUACCAGCUUUGAUCAUGUGAAAGGCUGGGCUGGAUGAAUCCCUAGCCGGAAUUAAGAUUGCCGGGAGAAAUAUCAAUAACCUCAGAUAUGCAGAUGACACAACCUUGAUGGCAGAAAGUGAGGAGGAAUUAAAGAACCUUUUAAUGAGGGUGAAAGAGGAGAGCGCAAAAUAUAGUCUGAAGCUCAACAUCAAAAAAACGAAGAUCAUGGCCACUGGUCCCAUCACCUCCUGGCAAAUAGAAGGGGAAGAAAUGGAGGCAGUGAGAGAUUUUACUUUCUUGGGCUCCAUGAUCACUGCAGAUGGUGACAGCAGCCAUGAAAUUAAAAGACGCCUGCUUCUUGGGAGAAAAGCAAUGACAAACCUAGACAGCAUCUUAAAAAGUAGAGACAUCACCGUGCUGACAAAGGUCCGUAUAGUCAAAGCUAUGGCUUUCCCAGUAGUGAUGUAUGGAAGUGAGACAUGGACCAUAAAGAAGGCUGAUUGCCGAAGAAUUGAUGCUUUUGAAUUAUGGUGCUGGAGGAGACUCUUGAGAGUCCCAUGGACUACAAGAAGAUCAAACCUAUCCAUUCUGAAGGAAAUCAGCCCUGAGUGCUCACUGGAAGGACAGAUCGUGAAGCUGAGGCUCCAAUACUUUGGCCACCUCAUGAGAAGAGAAGACUCCCUGGAAAAGACCCUGAUGUUGGGAAAGAUGGAGGGCACAAGGAGAAGGGGACAACAGAGGACGAGAUGGUUGGAUAGUGUUCUCGAAGCUACCAGCGUGAGUUUGACCAAACUGCGGGAGGCAGUGGAAGACAGGAGUGCCUGGAGUGCUCUGGUCCAUGGGGUCACGAAGAGUCAGACAUGACUAAACAACUAAAUAUGCGAAGAAAUAGCAAAAGGCGAAAUCACAAAAUCAACAAAUACAAUACAAAAACAGCACUCAGAACGAUUACUUAAAGAAAUGAAAAAACAGGCAGCAAAAUAAUAUUAUCAGAGAGCAAAACCCAGGUACCAAGUGCUGAGGAGCCCCUUUCUUCAUCUCUACCUGUGGUUUCCCAGCUGGUGGGGCACUCUGAGAAAGGUCUCUGUUUAUUAUCUCAGGGCACAGGCAAGUACAUAGAGGAAGAGAUGAUAUGUCAAGUCCUCUGGCUCCAGUCUGCGAAGCACUUUUUAUGUAAUUCACUUUAAACGUCAGGAUCCAUAAGAGUGUCUGUGUUUUAAUGGGUCUUGUUUACCUUCCAUAUGCCAAAUCCAUAUCAAGCUUCCAAGAAAUGUAGGUGUUUAUUGAAGUGGCCGUGCGCAGUGUACACACAGCAUUUUUUGAAUGUUUUCUCCCUAGUUUAUAGCCUGCGUACUUUACUUUCUUACAGGUGUAAACGCACAAGGGAAGAAGAUCUUUUUAAGAGACAUUUGGCCCAUGAGGGAUGAGAUCCAAGCUGUUGAGCGCCAGUAUGUCAUUCCAGGGAUGUUUAAAGAGGUCUACCAGAAAAUAGAGGUAAAUGUGGUGUUAAUACAUAGAGCAAUUGCAUUAUUUACGGCUUUCGAUCUCAGCAGAUGUUCUAAAUACAUGCUUUGCCUAAAUGUUUUGUAUAGAUGUUUAAUGUAAUUCCCAUUUUUAAUUGUAGGAAGAUUGGUUCCUCGAGUUAAUGUCUGCCCAGGACUACAAUAAAGUGUUGUUAACAAAUAUUAGACAGGUGCAGAAUGCAAUAUUGAGUUCCGGCUUCAAAUUCCUUUGACUUUCAUUAAUAUUAUAGUAUUACAGGGCUUCCUUUUUCCUCCCUAUCAUUAGCAACCCUAGAAUAAAUGUUCCCAAUUGUGUAAAAGUGUGUGAUUUCUGCAAGCCGCAGGAAUAAAUUGUUCAUGGUGAGGGAUUUGGAUUUUCCAGUUCCUUUUAUUUUACUUUAUUAGUAGGGAGUAUCCCCAGCCCUAAUUUACUUCAAGGUUGCCUCAAGGAAUGAAAACAAAAAACAUGGAGCAAUAUUGAGCUAAUGUUCUCCUGCUGAGUAGGGCAUUUUUGCCCAUCCUUGCAAACUGUUAACACCAUCCUUGCCCUCUGGAAGCCCAACACAGCCAGAUGGUGAUUUUUACUGCUAAUUACCUGGGUGAGGGCAUCUCUGGGGAGAAAUGGCUGGGCUGAUUCUGAACAGGAGAAAGGAUUUUAGGCUUCUCCAGACAAACUGUUCAAUGAGCAUUCACUCUGAUUUGCUUGCACAAAGCUUAUGCGAAGAAUAGACUUAUGUCCAAUCUUUAUUAAGCAUCUGUUCUGAUUUGCUUACGGGGCAGUUUUACAACAAUGAACAUUCAUCCUGAUUUGCUUGAGGGUUGUGCAUGCAUCUUCCCAUUAAUCAUUUGUUCACCCCACACUUUUCAAUGGAUUUCCCCAUCACUUUCCUACCUGCAAAAAGGCUGGUAGUGUUUCGCCUUUCAUAAAAUGGAUUUGUUGCACUGGGGCGACAGAGCGCUUUGCACUCCUUCAAUUGUGCAAAGCUCAGUUUUCAGUAUGCGCUCCAGUCCCUCCAGAAAAAAAUAGUGACAGUCUGUGAAUCCAAGGAACUUAGUUUGUACUGUCGCAAUUCACAUGAAAAAUGAGACAGUUGCUCCUCAGAAGCAGAGCUCACAGCAAAAUGGCUUUGGUGAUCCUAAGAUUCUAGCUCUCUGCUGUAUUUGCUGAGGGUUAUCAAACAGAUUUCCAGGCAACUGUGGUUCAGUUUUUCCCAACCUGUAUUAGAGAGUCUGCCUAGCCCACUUUUUACAUACUGGAAGGUAUAUAUUUAAAAUGUUGCACCCUAUAAAGGUUGUUUUCUAUCCUUUUUUCUCUUCUCUCUUGCAGACAGUAAACAAAGCUUGGAAUGCAUUAGAUGUUCCAGCAGACAAGCUAUAUGCUUGGGACCCCAAAUCCACAUAUAUUAAAUCACCUCCAUUUUUUGAAAAUCUGGUAAGUGUGUUUCACUUCCCCUUGUUUAUUUGGUUAGAUUUUACUGGCCAGAUUGAGAAGGACUUUUUUUUCCCUUUUGGCUAGUUUUAACAAUGAUAGAAGCUUUGCAGACUGUCUUUCUUCGAGAAUGCUCUGAAAUGCACCUUGAAAUGUACUUUUAAGUACAAAUCUCAUGCCUCAAGAGAGCCCUAUUCUGUAGUUAUGCUCAUGCUUAAGAACAGCAUAUGAGUCAGGCUGUGUUGAGUAGCCCCAUUGAGGCUGCACAUUUCAUUUUACUUCUUCUCUGCCCUUCACCAUAAGCUCCCAGGGCAGGUUAUAACAAUAUAAAAACGCAGUCUUUCCAGUGACUGCUGCAACAAAAUGUUGUUUUGUGGGGUCCGACUGCUUUAGAUUCCAGAUUCUGGGUCGCAGGUGGCGCUGUGGGUUAAACCACAGAGCCUAGGGCUUGCCGAUCAGAAGGUCGGCGGUUCGAAUCCCCGUGACGGGGUGAGCUCCCGUUGCUCUGUCCCAGCUCCUGCCAACCUAGCAGUUCGAAAGCACGUCAAAGUGCAAGUAGAUAAAUAGGUACCACUCCGGCGGGAAGGUAAACGGCGUUUCCGUGCGCUGCUCUGGUUCGCCAGAAGUGGCUUAGUCAUGCUGGCCACAUGUAAAGCGGCCAGUAAAGCGAGAUGAGCACCGCAACCCCAGAGUCGGUCACGACUGGACCUAACGGUCAGGGAUCCCUUUACCUUUACCUUACUGCUCUAGAUUCCAGACACUGUUCUGUUGUUAACCCCCAACAGUCAAGUCAGCAUUUUCAACAUGCUCAGUCUGCACUGAGCCACCCAUAGCAUUCUGCCCUCCGCACCCUAAUAAAGAUAGGUUUGUUUUUCUGCAAACCUUGAGGUUCCUGCUAAUAUCUUCCUGUUGUCUAUGGACAAUGCCAUAAAGGCUACAUAAGCAAUGGCACUUGCACCCUAACCAUCCAAAAUAGAGGCGGUGCAUCUGUCCACUUUCUGCACAAAUAUAUUUCUGAAAAAUAUCUUGAGCAGGGAAGGGAGCCAUCACACCUAGUUUGGUUUUCCAGAUUUGAUCAAGCCUAUCAAGGGUUUUUUUUAAUAGUUUGGAUGAAGGUAGCAGUUGCAAAUUUGUACAGCUGACGCUUGUACAUGUGUUUGUUUUUAAAUAACUACUUUUGUGUGGUGUUCUCUCAGACUUUGGAGCUCCCGCCACUGAAAUCCAUAGUUGACGCCUACGUCCUGCUCAAUCUUGGUGACUCUGUGACCACGGAUCAUAUCUCUCCUGCUGGGAACAUAGCAAGAAACAGCCCAGCUGCUCGUUAUUUAACCAGCAGAGGGUGAGUCAAGCAUAAAAGUUUCUCUCUCUGUAUGUCCUUAGAUCAGAUGUCCACAUCCAUCUGCUCCAGCAAGAAUGGCCAAUGGGCAAGGACGAUAGGAGUUGUAUUUCAACAUCAGGAGGUUCAAAGGCCUAGUGUGAUUAUUUCCCUAGCUUAGUUGGUAGAGCAUGAGGCUCUUAAUCUCAGGGUUGUGGGUUCAAGUCCCACUUUGGGCAAAAGAUUCCUGCAUUGCAAAGGGGUUAGACUAGAUGACCUCCCCGUGGCCUUUACAACUUGACAGUUCUAUGAUUCCCCCCUCACUUCCCUCCCAUUCCGCUUAACUGACUUCUCUGUUCCGUAACAACCUGCGGCGCUCCAGGUUCUUUUUGGACUUCAGCUCCCAUCCUCCCUUCACACUGGCCAUUGGAUGAUCCGGGUUCAAAUUGGGGUUCAAAAAUCCAAAAUCCAAAAUUCAAAAAUCCAGGGGGGCACCCUGAUCCACAAAUGAAGGCAGCCCUCUUUAGGGAAGCUUGUAAUGUUUAACAUACUACUGUAUUUUAAUACUUUGUUGGUAUAAAGGAAGAUGCUUAGAGCAGGCAUGGGCAAACUCUGCCCUCCGGAUGUUUUGGGACUACAGCUCCCAUCAUCCCUAGCUAACAGGAUCAAUGGUCAGGGAUGAUAGGACUUGUAGUCUCAAAGCAUCUGGAGGGCCGAGUUUGCCUAUGCCUGGCUUAGAGCAUCCAGGGGCGAGGGCAUCUCAUUAGAUGGCAUUCAUACUGUUAAAACGGAAAGGGGUCAAACCACCGCAAGAGGUGUUGAAAUUUUGGGAGGUUGGAUAGCUACAAUGGAAUGGUCUGAGGGGAGGGGUGCAUGUUUUUGUUCUUGUCUAUUUGUGAUUGUUGCUUGGUCAAAUUUUUUUUUUUUUAAGGGACAAAUAAAAUAAAAUAAAAUUAUUAUUAUUAUUAUUUUAUUAUUAUUAUGUUGGGUUAAACUGUCUGCACAGGCUGCUGGGGGAGGUGUUUUUGAAAGCCAGAAAUAAAAAAACCGAGUCACCCUGGCCACAAGUUGCAGAAGUGAACGUUUCAGGUUCCUUUUAGUUAACUGCGCAGCCUUCUAGCUCAUAAAUCUGAGGAUUGCCUUCUUUUUGUCUUGCUAGCCUAACUCCCAGAGAGUUCAACUCGUACGGUUCGCGCCGGGGCAACGACGCCGUCAUGGCUAGGGGAACGUUUGCAAACAUACGCCUGCUGAACAAAUUUCUCAACAAGCAGGCCCCGCAAACUAUCCACUUCCCGUCUGAUGAAACUGUGAGUAUUCUUGUCUGCAUCGGCCUUGGCGCUGUUUGAAACAGGAUGACCCCCCAUUUUAAACACAGGGGUAGGCAGUGCUAUUUUUCUAGAAAAAGGGGUGCUGGAACUCACCACGAACUUGUCUCGUUCUCUUAAAAUGGCAAGGACAGCCACCUGUCCUUGGUGGAACAGGUGCCGGAACAAAGUUCUGGCUGAAAAAAAGCCCUGGGGGUAGGCAACCUUUUUUAUCUCUUGAGGGCCACUUCCCCUGGGGAGUACCGUAUUUUUCGCUCUAUAUGAUGCACCGGACCAUAGGACGCACCAGACCAUAGGAGGGGGAGAACAGGAAAAAAAGAAUUCUCCCCCUCUCUGCUCAGCGCCCCUUCAGCGAAGCAGCAGGAGAAAUGGAGCCCCUUCUAUUUCUCCUCCCGCUUCGCUGAAGGGGCACUGCGCAGCUCUCCCUCUCUGCUGAAGCCAGGAGAGUCUUGCUGUCCCGGCUUUAGCAAAAGGAACGCGAAGCCUUCGGAGCGCAGAGGGAGCGCUCCCUCUGCGCUUCGGAGGCUUUGCGUUGCUAUCGCUGAAGCCAAGGAGCCUGCAUUCGCUCCAUAGGACACACACACAUUUCCCCUUAAUUUUUGGAGGGGAAAAAGUACGUCCUAUAGAGCGAAAAAUACGGUAAUCUGUUGUGGGGAGGACAUGCCAGGAGUAGGUGGAGCCAGAUGCAAAAUGUGUUCUGGAUUAACCAGUGUGGAAUAAAGACCACUGUGCUUUAAUUUUCACUUUAGCCGUAUCACAUUAAUGGUCCCAAUCCUGUAUGGGCUAACUCAGAAAUAAUCCCCACUAGGUUUGAUGGAGUUGCAUUCAAAUAAGUAUACAGAGGUGUGUGUGGUUUUUUUUUGGGGGGGUGGUACUACAGCUGAUCAGUAUAGCUAAUGUUAUGGAAAUCAAGUGAGAGCGAUUCCUUUCUGGCUUUAGUGUGUUGCUAUUCUAAAUGCAUAAUCGAGAGGGUCAAGGAAGGGGAAGGAAUGUACAGGAAAUGAUGCAAUCGAAGAAUGCAACAGCUUCGAAAGGUGGGUGGGGGCUUCAUGGUUGCUCACCAGUGCUUUAAAGCUUCUUCACUUUUAGCCCUCCAAGUACAGGAAUGGUACGUGGAGGGAGACUCGAAUCACCAUAUUUUUCGCUCCGUAAGACACUGGACCAUAAGGCGCACCUAGUUUUUAGAGGGGGAAAUCAAGAAAAAAAAGCCUGUCCGCUUCUCCCAGAGCUUCUCAGGGCUGCUGGGGGAAGCCCAGGUCCCCCCCCCCCCCAGCCCCAAAGAGCAAAGAAGCCAAGACAGCGAGCGAGAUCCAUCCCACUGGCUUUCUUGGCUUGUGCCAUAGCCAUGCGCAGCCUCUCCGGCCGGAGAGGUUGCACGGGGCUAAAGAGGAAGCCAAGACAGCCAGCGGGAUGGAUCCCGCUCCCUGUCUUGGCUUCUUUAGCCGCGCGCAGCUUCUCCAGUCGGGAGAGGCUGCGCGCAGCUAUGGCAAUUCACCCACCUCCCACAAAAUCCCACAGGAGCCGCACACCCUUUAAGGAGCUCACUGCUCCUGCGGGCUUUUCUAUGAGGAGGGAGAAGGGACUGACUAGCCGCGUCAGUCCCUUCUCCCUCCUGGGGAAAAGCCUGCAAGAGGCGCGCGGAGCUUUUGUGCAGCUCUUGGGGGCUUUUCCUGCCUGCCUCCCCCCUGCAUUCGCUCCAUAACACACACACACACACAUUUCCCCUUACUUUUUAGGAGGGAAAAGGUGCGUCUUAUGGAGUGAAAAAUACAGUAUGCCUCUUCUUUGAAGGGAAAGCCUAUGUGUUCAGGGUUCCACGCAGCCAACUAAGCACCUCAGAUAAUUUUUGCUUUCUUGGCUUUUCGUGACGCGACUUAACCCUGCUGUUUGUUUUUAACUUAAUUCUGCAGUGAACAGUAUUUUUAUAUUGCAUUAUUUUUUCCCUCCAAAUCAUUGGGUGAUUUUUGAGGCUCAGUUUGCUUUAGGCGUGAAAGUGUUGGGCAGUGUUUCAUUGCUCUUCCUGUAGACAUCAGUUGCCCUGUAUGCUUACAGCUUGACGUGUUUGAUGCUUCCGAGAGGUACCAGCAAGCAGGCCUCCCACUUAUCGUGCUGGCUGGCAAGGAGUAUGGCUCCGGGAGCUCCCGAGACUGGGCUGCGAAAGGGCCUUUUCUGCUGGUGAGUGGUCUGCGUUUGGGAUGGCGAAGGGGGGUGUCCUGUGUUCAGCUGUCUGCUGCAAGCAAUGCCCCAUAGCUAAAUAUUACACCAAAGUUUGGCCAUAUCCGAUCUUGGCGUUUUGAAAAAUGGCAGCCUUUCUUGAAUAAACAUUCACAAACCUUUUAUUGAUAAUAAUCAGCUAAAUAGUUUGAGGAUCUAUACAACUGUGUAACAUGCAGAAAACAGCAUUUUUAGAAAAAAUCAAAGACUGGAACUGCGGGAAGUCGGGGGGUGGGUGGGUUCUGUGGGGGGAGGGAGGAAAAAUGGGGGGAAAUAAGGAUGAUAUGUUUCUGGAUAAUAUGUUUUGUUUUAAUUUUGAAUAAAAAAGUUGUUUUAAAAAAAUGAAAUAAAAUAAAAAUGGCAGCCUUGAAACCUUCACAUAACUUAACAGUACAGUCAUACUUCGGGUUCCAGAUGCUUCAGGUUGCGUUUUGUGUGUGUUAUGGACUCGCCGAAACCUGGAAGUACCAGAACGGGUUACUUCUGGGUUUUGGCGGUUGCGCAUGCGCAGAAGCGCCGAAUCACAACCCGCGCAUGCGCAGAUGCAGUGCUGCUGGUUGCAAACGCUGCGGGUUGCGAACAUGUCUCCUGCACGGAUCACAUUCGCAACCCAAGCGUAUCUCAUUGCUAUCCAUGGUUAUGAAAUGCUUGCUGCCAAAGUGAAGACAAGGAACAAAAAGUUGAGUUUGAACUGCAGUAUCCAAAGAGAGUUGCAUUUCUCCACACAAUUACUAACUUUUUGAACUCUGCAAAUGCAAGGCUGGAUUCAAAUUUGAUCUUAAAUUCGGGGUGUGUGUGUUAAAUGAAUAUUAGUGUGUUCAAUGAAUAUUAGUUAGUGGCAUAUAAAUGCCUAUUGAGAACUUUACCCAAGAGAACUUUGCAAUCGGCCACAAUGCACAAACUGGAAAUAAAAGAUAUAUUUGCAAAUGCUUUAGGUCAGUCAUGCUUUAGGACACCCCACCCCUGGGUGAAGUUCGACAACUUUGGUAAAACCUCCCCCCCCCCCAAAAAAAAGCUCAAUCCAAUGGAUAGAGCACUGCCAGUUUUUUUAUAGUGGGAGUAGAUUGCAGUCUCUUGGGAGUUGGACAUGCCUGCUUUAGGUUAACCAAGCAAGACAAAGAUGAAAACCCUUAUGCAAGUUUUGGGGUGGGGGUGGGGGUGGCACUGUGCGAGUCUCCUGCCAGCUAAACACCUGCUGGGUGCAACCAAUCUCUCUUCUUCCCCCAAACAUGCAGGAGACCUCAAAAUGGGGUGUUCCAAGGGCAGGGAGAGGACAGAGCUGAAUCAGCCUGGGAUCUGUCUCGCCAGAGUGGUGCAUGCUCUGGUUAUCUCUCGCUUGGACUACUGCAAUGCGCUCUAUGUGGGGCUACCUUUGAAAGUGACCUUGAAACUACAAUUAAUCCAGAAUGCGGCAGCUAGACUGGUGACUGGGAGCGGCCACCGAGACCAUAUAACACCGGUCUUGAAAGACCUACACUAACUCCCAGUACGUUUCCGAGCACAAUUCAAAGUGUUGGUGCUGACCUUUAAAGCCCUAAACGGCCUCGGUCCAGUAUACCUGAAGGAGCGUCUCCACCUCCAUCGUUCUGCCCGGACACUGAGGUCCAGCUCCAAGGGCCUUCUACUGGUUCCCUCGCUGUGAGAAGCCAAGUUACAGGGAACCAGGCAGAGGGCCUUCUUGGUAGUGGCGCCCACCCUGUGGAACGCCCUCCCACCAGUUGUCAAAGAGAAAAAUAACUACCAAACUUUUAGAAGAAAUCUAAAGGCAGCCCUGUUUAGGGAAGCUUUUUAAUGUUUAAUAGGUUAUUGUAUUUUGGUGUUUUGUUGGAGGCCGCUCAGAGUGGCUGGGGGGACGCAUAAUAAAUAAUUUACAUAAUAAAUUAUCAUCAUCAUCAUCAUCAUCAUUAUUAUUAUCAUUAUCUGAUGGAUUCAGGGCUAGUACCCAACUAGUGUCUCAGCCAUCAGAGGCCACCGUCAGACCCAGUGGCUACAUCCGCCAGUCAUCUAAUGUUGUUACCCAUGUGCUUUCUCUCUGUGUGUGUUUUUCAGGGCAUCAAAGCUGUCCUCGCAGAGAGCUACGAGCGGAUCCACCGCAGUAAUCUCGUGGGAAUGGGAGUGAUUCCUCUGCAGUAUUUGCCUGGAGAGGAUGCUGAUAGUCUUGGGCUGACGGGGCGGGAACGCUACACAAUCAUCAUUCCCGAGUCGAUAGUGCCCAGAAUGAACGUCCAGAUCAAAGUAAGAGAUUCCAUGGGUGACGAUGUGGUGCAGGCAAUAAGCCCAUUGAUAUCACGUCACCUUAAAGUAUACCAAGUGGGGUCCCAAGUCCCACAAGGUUGAUUGCCACUUCUGCAUCACGCAUGAACAGUGCUGUGUUUAUUUGAUCAAGGGAUGUGGGUGGCGCUGUGGUCUAAACCACUGAGCUGAUCGGAAGGUUGGCAGUUCAAAUCUGCGUGAUGGGGUGAGCUCCCGUUGCUGUGUCCCAGUUCCUGCCAACCUAACAGUUCAAAAACACACCAGUGCAAGUAGAUAAAUAGAUACCACUGCGGUGAGAAGGUAAACAGUGUUUCCAUGCACUCUGUUUUCCAUCAUGGUGUUCCGUUGCACCAGAAGCGGUUUAGUCAUGCUGGCCACAUGACACGGAAAGCUGUCUGUGGACAAACACUGGCUCCCUCCACCUGAAAGCGAAAUGAGCGCUGCAACACCAUAGUCGCCUUUGACUGGGCUUAACCGUCCAGGGGCCUUUACCUUUAACCUUAUUUGAUCAGAAAAGUCACAGCUUCCUCAUACUAUGGAGGCUAGAGUGGAAAGAUGGAAUCGGAGCCGUAAAAUUGUUACUAUUUAUUAUGGGGAGGUGUAGUAUGCAGGUGGCGCUGUGGGUUAAACCACAGAGCCUAGGGCUUGCCGAUCAGGAGGUCAGUGGUUCGAAUCCCCGCGAUGGGGUGAGUUCCCGUUGCUCGGUCCCUGCUCCUGCCAACCUAGCAGUUCGAAAGCACGUCAAAGUGCAAGUAGAUAAAUAGGUACCACUGCGGUGGGAAGGUAAACAGUGUUUCCAUGCACUGCUCUGGUUCGCCAGAAGCGGCUUAGUCAUGCUGGCCACAUGACCCAGAAGCUGUACGCCGGCUCCCUCGGCCAGUAAAGUGAGAUGAGCGCCGCAGCCCCUGAGUCGGCUGCGACUGGACCUAAUGGUCAGGGGUCCCUUACCUUUACCUAGUAUGAAUGGGUAGAAUCAUGGAAUUGUAGAGUUGGAAGGGACCCCGGGGGGGGGGUCAUCUUGCCCAACCCCCUGCAAUGCAGGAAUCUUUUUGCCCAACGUGGGACUCAAACCCAUGACCUUGGAAUUAAGAGUCUCAUGCUCUACCGAUUGAGCUAGAUCACAUGUGUUGGGCAGUUGCUUCAUCGUUGGGCAUCAUCAUUGAGCCUGAAGGGUCUGGGUUGGGGAGAGCUUUCAAGCCAGUUUCUUUAAUCAGCUGGAACAUGGAAGUUGGCUUAAGGAAAAAGGAAUGCUUUGCCCUCAACCAAGGCAUGUAAGGGGUGGGCCGGGGGGGGGCACAUAGCUUGUUCCCAGCCUGGUAAACCAGACUGAACUAGGGUUGCUACAUCUGAACUGGGCUGCAGGAGGCAAGGGUUUGAAAUCGUGGUGUGGUCCACGUGCCUUAGGGAGCUAUUGAGCACUGUUUGCUGAUGCUUUAUAUGUCUCUCUCUAUCUCCUUUCAACAGCUGGAUACAGGGAAAACCUUCCAAGCCACCAUGAGGUUUGACACGGACGUGGAGCUCACCUAUUUCCGUAAUGGCGGCAUCUUGAACUAUAUGAUUCGCAAAAUGGCUGCCUAGUCUCAAAAUGUGACCGUGCCACUGUCCAGUUAUCAUGAAAUCUGCCUUUUUGUGAUGAGAAAUUCACAGUAAUUGUGGGGAAGCUACACAAAUAUUGUCUAAAACCUGUGUUGGUUGUGUUUCAAGGUGGUAUUUUUUUACAACCAUUAGAAUGGGAGCCUAGAUGCCUUGACCACCCGACCACCAUUGACCUCAUCCUGCCUCCAGUACCUUAUUUUGUGUGGGUGAGUAGAAUAAGAAAUUCUGAUUAACACAGGGCUUACCCUUAGCUUCUUCAAUAUUUCACAUAGUAACAGACAGUUGUUUUUUGUUCCAUGUGCCUGAGAGAUGAAAUUAUCAAGUAUGAUGGUCUCAUAUCUGUUGAAAGAGUUAAUCAUUUCCCUUGAAAAUCUAAUACUGCUAAAAUUAUUAAAUGGCUUAGCUCUUAUACCUGAGAGGGUGAGUGCUCUCUCCUUCUGUGAUCAUGUGUGAGGUGCAGGGAGAAUGAAAGACCAUUUAUAAUAAAAUUUAAUCUAUUUUCAAAAAAACUGUUUCCACCUCUCUCUCUUUUUUAAAAGCCUGUUUUUAUAUAUUGUGGAUUUUGGUUUCUGAGCUUAAGUUUACUAAGCAGUGUGUAUAGGCCGGUUCAAAAUAUAAACAGAGUUUUUCAGUGGCAUGAUAUUGAACGAGUAGUGUUUCCACACAAAAAAACCCCUUCCAAUUUUGUGCCAAUGAAAAUUGGGUUUAUAUCCAUGUUGCAGCUGCCAUAGUUAUUAAAUAUCUAUCCCACAACUUCCUCCAAAGGAGUCUAGCGCAGCAACCAUGUUGAUACUAAAGCAAUGCAAUUAAACCUUCCAAAAAGAAUCACCUCCUCUUAAAACUAGUAAUUUCAGGGGUGCCAAGGACAGGACUUUCAACCAUCAAAUGCCUGGGUAGACCGGAAUGUUUUUAAAUUUCUCCUAAAACUUACUGAUUGCAAAAUGCAACUCAAAUCUGUAUUCAUUUCCUGACAGAAAAUAGUUUUACAGUGGUACCUCGGUUUAAGAACAGCCUUGUUUACGAACUUAUUCAGUAUACCAACUCCGCAAAACAGGAAGUAGUGUUCCGGUUAGUGAACUUUACCUCGGUCUACGAACGGAAUCCGAACGGUUGAAGGGCACCGGUGGCGGAAGGCCUAAUUAGGGAAAGCGCACCUCGGUUUAAGAACAGACUUCUGGAAUGGAUUAAGUUUGUAAACCGAGGUACCACUGUACUUCGGAUUUGAGACUUCCUGUUGUAACAUCUAUUUGUUAUUUGGUUGAAAUAGAAGUCCCUAAGGUACAGUGAAUCAUGUUUUUGGUUAGGAGUAGCAUUCUGAAUGAUCCAUUAAGUCAAAAUGGCCAAAUACUAAGACUGAUCCCUCCUAGAUAGCACAUUUACCUACAAAGAGCUUAACAUUCCUAGAGCAAUAAUCAUGCCGCAGACUGAAUGGGUUUAAAGUGGCUUUAAUUAACUAAUUUUUAAGAAUUUCUGUUAUUUGAAAGACUUGACAGUAGCUCGAGGACGGCAUUUGGAACAAGGAGUGUAGAGAACUCGAAACCUUUUUGCAUGCAUGAGUUAAUGUUUUUUGCCCAAGGUUGUUUGCUGCCUUGGAAUCCAACCUACCUUAUUAUGGACUAGUUACAAACAAAGGCUGUACCAUCAUUUAUGCCUGUUUGCCCUUAUUGGAAGAAGAAAAUGCAGAUAUAAUCACAACAGUAUCUUCCUAACAGCUGCAACAGCUACAGUUUCCUUUUUUAAAAUAAUAAUAAUUUUUAUUAAGUUUUCCAUUUAACAAUCCAAUCAUAUCACAUUAAUCAUUCCAAAUUUUACCAAUACAUAUCAUAAAGUCCAAAUAUUUUGCCAAAUUAUAAUUUUUUGUUGGGAGUUCCCAUGCUUCGAGUUCAGUAGGGUCCAAUCAUCUCAUAUUUCUGCUGCUUUUAGUGUUCACCAGUCCCAUCUUUCAAUCUUCUUCUUGUUAUCCUUUUUCUUAAUAGCCUCUGAGUUGUUUCCACAGGCGAAUUAAAGUAAGC